GUCAUCGUGCGAUUAGAUUAACGUCUGCGAGCAGUGUCAAAUCUUGGUCAGGCUUUUUGUUGUUGUUAGGUAUUACUCGUGUAAUUCUCUAGUGUGUAGACGCACAACAAUUGAGUUUACCCAAAUUGUAUUGUUGUACAAACACUUCCUUUUAUUUUAUUAGGGCUGUCUGGCUUUGAAAGUAUUCGGUAGGCAAUCCAGUCAUAUAGUUAACACAUUUCAAAAUUCCGUAGGAUAGCUUUUAUGUGUGUGAUGGUUUGGUGCGUCGUCUGUUGCAUGUGUUAAGGUUAUUCAUCUGUUGGAGGGGAAACAAUGGUGAGUGUGCAUCACAAGUAUUGAGAUUUCAUUAGGAAUAAAAAAGGCCACAGUAGCUUCAAAAUAUAGUUAUUUUUAACAUUUAUUGAGAAAUAGCCUUAGCAUAAUCUUUAUGUCCCAAGAAAAUGAUUAAAACCUAAAAAAAAAUAAAAAGACACAUUCAAUUGUUCAAUUAUUUGUUAACAUAGCAUGACCUUAACCGAAGACAAAAAAAUAUAACAUACAAAUAGAUGAUCGAGAUCUAUAUUAAAGAAAACUAAUUACUAAAGGAGACUGUAGAUUUCUGUCCAAUGUUGAGACAGGCAAUAUCCACCUAGUUAGAAUUGUACAUAACAAAACACAUUCUUAAUUGUCGAGAAUCUAUUCUUAUUAUAAGAUUAUACCUGUAAAUAAUACCUCAACGGUUUUUUGCGCCGAACAUUUUUCUUGUCAAAUUAUGCUUUCUCAGCUUAGAGAGUACAUUCGGGGUGUGGCAUCACUAGAGUUUAUAGCCCCGAAGCGAUUAACUCAACAAUUCACCGCCCCCCCCCCUCUUUUCCUAUAGGUUUCCUCAUGGGCUCCCUCUAAUUCCUCCUCUGUCAGACAACUCUUUAUCAAUUAUAAUAAUGUUUGUUAUUUCAUUCUUAACUUAGUAUUACAUAAACGAAAUACUGUCAGUUAACAGUAUUUAAGCACUUUAAAAAAAUGUGUAUAUCUUGUAUAUCUUUCAACAUUAAAAUGUACUGCUAAAAUUGGAGUUUUUUGGUAACAUGUGACUCCAAUUAAUCAUCAUUAUUAGGCGCAUUUGCCAACAGCCUUACCUUUUGCUCCUAGUCCUAGCAGGACUGAGUCUUAAUCUUAUAAGGAUACUCAACCAGAGCUUUGGUUGUAGCAUGCUAUGCAGGCAUGUUUUGUUGGUGGGAAAACUGCCUCUCUAGUGGCAUGAUGUUCUGGUGGCAACAUGCUUUGGUGGCAUUUUGUUCUAGUGGCAGCGUGCUCUAGUGGCAUGUUUCUUUAUGGUGGCAACCUGCACUGAGGGCCCCCUGUCUGGUGGAACAUAGUCCUGAUAAAACGCCGACCUGGUCAACCAUUUAUAGAGGAAUUAUUUUCGUAUGUUUAUUUAAAAUCAGUUAUAAAAUAAACCGAACGAGAUCCUUAAAUGUGCAUUUUUUCCAUUCUGGUGUCGACCCACUGUGAGGUGUCAUCCGCUGUGGCCCGUGGCCCGAUCGGGGGCUACUGUAUUAUGAUAGUGUUCUCAUUUCAGUUCCGCAACUAUAAUGACAUGUUCUCUAAAGCAAGUCUAGGAAGUCAGUAACAAAUUGAAGAGAAUGUGUUGGAGGAUCGUGGUUUUCUUCCUGCUUGAAUCUCAGUGUUGUUAUACGUCAGCUCAAACAGGUAUGUAGGUCAUAGAUGCACGCAAAAAUGUGUCAUUUUUACUUAAGGUUAAAAAAAAAUAAUAACAAAGUGCUCAAAGUGAUAAAUCAACAAUGAGCUUUAUCGUGCUGAUUUUCUGAGGUACACGAUUUCAUUUAGUAUCGUUCAUUUCCCAUUUUCAUUUUCCUUUUUGGCUGACCAACUUCACAUCUGAACAUAUAACAAUGCUAAAUGGUAAUAGAUGAAGUAAAUUACAAAAAUUGAAUUUCUUUUCCUUUUUUUUUUAAACAAUUUUAUUUAAAUUUUUUUUUAAGUUAUUCAAUGAAUUAUUAAGUGUUUUUUAACUGUUCCAAAUAUUUUAUCUGAAGAUUAGUUUAAUAGGCAAAAGAUUACUAAAUGUUCAUGAAGCUGGGGCUGGAGUCAAAACUGAAUUAGAAAAAAACAAAAUAUCAAAGAGUUGGUAACUUUUAAAAAAAUUUGAACUAUACUUUAUACAAAUGUGAGUAUAAAGGAUGGCAGAUAUCUAUUCGUGUAUUUCAAUAAUGUUUUGUGACACCUAACAUAGGUUGGUGAAUCACAUAAGAAGAGGAAUGGAACUAUAAAAAUUCCAUUUAAACAAAAUUAAAUGUUUAUAUAUAUCCUUGACAUUAAAUGGCAAGACAAAGUCCCCAACACGGAUGUCCUGUCCCAAACAAACAUGUGUAGCGUCCCAGCCAUGUUAAUCCAAAGACGCCUCCGCUGGCUUGGACACGUCAAGCGAAUGCAACCUGGUCACAUACCAAAGGACGUGCCAUAUAGCGAGCUGGCGACAGGGAAAAGGUCAAUUGGACGGCCUCGUCUGAGAUACUUAGACAUAUGCAAAAGAGACAUGAAGUCGGCCAACAUCGACAUCUCAAACUGGGAGGACCUGGCAGAGGAUCGAUCCUCAUGGCGGGGUAUUGUGAAGGCAGGAUCACUACAUGCCGAGGAGCAAAACAAGGCGGAAACAGCUGGAAAAAGAGCGAGGAGGAAGGCCGGUAAAUACUGCUCCACCGCAUUCGUAUGCAGGAAAUGCAACAGAGACUGCCACUCGAGGAUUGGUCUCACCAGCCACACCAAGAGCUGCAAGCUAUAAAGAUAAUCUAUCGUCUCCCGCAGACGGAAAGAUGCCAUACAUACAUACAUAUAUAUAUAUAUAUAUAUAUAUAUAUAUAUAUAUAUAUAUAUAUUAUAUAUAUAUAUAUAUAUAUUUAUAUAAAAUGAAAAAUAACACUUUAUUAUGUAACAUAACAUUAAAAAAUUUGAAGGGUGAAUCACAUUUGAGAUACCUGUCUCAAUAUUUACAUAGCAUCUAAUAAAAUAAGAGGUUUUUAUUUAUUAUUUUUCUUUAAACGGGCAAAAAAAUCCGCCAAUUUAGUGAGACUAAUUUAGUGUUAGGAUUCAGAAAUGCAAACCCGGCGCUAUUGGAAACGUUAUAAAUGUAUAUAAUACUUUUAAUAAUUCAACAUCAUCCCCUCAUAUUAUUUUCUCCAUCAGUGCAUCCCGCCCUGUAUGGGUUCGUUAAGAAUGACGACACUCUCAGUAUUGGCAACAUGAGUGAACAAGUCAACAAUGGGACUGUCCGUGUGAGCAGACCCAUUGUGUUAGGUUCUGCUGUGCCCUUUGGCAACAAGUUGCACACGGUCGUCAGAGUAAGUGAAACGCUUUACUUCCGAUUUCUUCAUGCUUCAUUUGAGACAAGCCCGAGAAAAUGGGAAUAUUUUGUUUUUAAUAUAUUAGAUGUUGAACAUUCGUAUGUGACUACAUUCGAUGGGUGCAUGCUCCUCUUUUAAGUGCACUACCGCACAACGCAAUGGCAGGGAUCUAGUGUCACGUCAGGGGCACUGUGAACACUGUGGGGCUCGAGCUGACGUAUAUGACAGACUUCAAAUGCAUUUCCUUGUCCCUAUGAUGCACGAAUUUCCCCUUUAUACCAGUUUCUCCCGUUGGAUGGCCGCAAGCAAAUUUUAUAAUUAUUAUACGUUCAUAUUUAGCUGAAAUAGUUGUAUUUGGUUGGGUCUAUAUAUUAAAAAUUCACCAUCUAAGGCCAAGACAAUCAAUAGCCAUCCAUACAUCAUGAUUUUUUUAGUCGAUCAACCUUGGGUUUCAUCUUCCAAAGGGUGAUGAAUAAAUUAGUAUCUGUUUUCCGAGGUUAGAUUUUAGUGUGUAAAUUCAAUCUAAACAUAUUAAUAUGAGUUCUUAUGAUUUAAACUUAAACGACCAGGGCAUUUUUUUUACUAUGCACAGUAUUUUCUUGAAAUGUUGUAUGCUGUACGGUUAUGUAUAAUACAAAUAGUGGACUAUUUAUGUAGUUUUUCACGAAAAGUUACGUAGUUCUAAAUUAAAUGUCCUUUUCCCAGAUCAAGGCAAGGAAUGCCUUGACAGUUUCUACGUCAGUGAAGACAUUUUCUUUUUUCUGAAAAGGAACAUUCAAUUAUUAUUUCACUUCACAAUCCUCCAGGUGUUGACAAAUGGUAUAAUAUUAUUUGGAGAUGGCAGGGUCAGCGUAUCAGGUAGUCCAGACCUGCAACACGCGUUUGUCUUAAAACAAGACGUGAUCGCCCCAUUCUGGACCGACAUAGACCCCAAUGAAGGUAUCAUUAUAAUUUAUGUAAUAAAGAUCGCCUAAGGAUAAUGUUAACAAUACAUUAUUAUUGUUUUGUUUCCGGAUAUAUCACAGGUAAAACUAUAACCAUUUUACGCAAACAACUCCUUAUACUGAUAAUUCUCAUUUGCACAUUGUUUGCGUUUGAAUUAUUGGAAUUUUUCUUGCAAUUUUAGGCAGGUUGUUUUCAAUAUUAAUAUUUUUCACAGCCGGUCAUGAAAUGAUUUUUUUUCGUUUGAAUUUUCACCCCCAAAAAAAUGUUUACAUAUAUUGGUGGCUUAUUAUUUUGUCAAAUAAACUACAUGUACUUAAAAGGAAAAGUCUACUUCGGUGUGUUUGAAAAGUGUCCAACGGAACGUAAUACAACGUUGGAGGAAAGGACCUCACAGGUCUUGGAGAGAGCAGAACGUGACGUAGAGAGAUUUCAUGUUUCUCCCCAUGGCUUCCAAGCUACAACUGUCAUCAUUGCGACUUGGGUCAAAGUUCAACCACUUGCCAAUAUUUCAGAAGUGCGUAGUAAUUUGUUCCAAAUCACUUCAAAUAGUGAUAUUAAUUUGAAUCCUAGCCAUUAUUUAACCACACACCCACACAAAUAGAUAAGCCUACAUCUUGCAAUCAGUUAAUUCUAUUUAUUAUAUACAGAUUAUAUACCUCUAAUGCACACUUUUAUGUGUAAUGCCAUUAGUUUAUGGACGAUCGAUACAUUAUUCCCUCAAAAAUAUAAAGCAAACAAUAAUAAUUAAACCACAUUUGUAUGGCUUUUAGAUUUUUUGUGGUAGAUUUUCAUGAAAAAAUAAAGGCUUAUCCUUUCAUGACAUUAUUUGAAAGCUACACAGUGGUAUGGUUCCGGUCCGAAAAUGUUUUAAAAAAAUUUUAAAUUUCGCACUACCAUACAACCCAUUCUUUUAUUUCUUUUUUUAAUAUCUACAUCCGCCUGUGGGCAUUUGUAAUUUGUAACAUCUAAAGUUUCCUGUUCUUAGUUUUACUGUAAAAAAAAGUAUAUAUUUCUUCCCCCUUUUUUUUAAAUAGCAGCAUGUGCCAAAUUUAAUUCAAUAGUAUAGGGUACAGAAGAGAUCAUACAAGGCACAUGACUUGCAAUGAUUUUUUUUUUAAUGAAACCCCCAAACAGAACACGAAGCAUACACUUUUAAUGUGACAAUACCCAGCGUACAUUGUAUAAGUGAAGAUUGACAACAUUUAACAGGUGGAAGAAAACACUUUUCAAACUGUAUUUGUGAGCGGUUGGCAUCACGAAUUACGGAAUGGACAGAAAAUUUGGGCAGGUAAGAACGCAGCAGUUAAAAAAUUAAAUAAUAGCAACAAAAAAAAUAGAUUUCAUUUAUUGCUCAAGACAAUUGAAGAAGGAUAUUCGUGUCGGCCCAAAGUCCAAUUGAUGGUACACAAAUUAAGUUAAAUUGCACGAUUAUAUGUCCUAUUAUUAGUUCGAUAUUUCAUACGAACGUUAAUUGGAUAUUUAAAUCAAAUAUAAUACCUUUUAGAGAUAUUCUAUACCCUUUCCGCUCUGUAAAUGCAUACAAUGUUCAAUGACAUGUCCUAUGGCGGUGAUAUCAUAUUUGGAUCAGACAACCCUCCGCAAAUGUUCCUUUCUAGUGUCUUCCUGCAUCAGGCAUUGCGCAUAUUAUUACGCUUUCUAUAAUACCGUGUAUUUACGAGAAAUAAUGUUUUCCUUUUAGGAAAUUUUUUUUUAAAUUUUCGAUACAAAAAAAUAUUUUAUUGACCUUUUGUUUAUGGAAUUUUUCACUCACCCCUUUAGACGAACAGACGUCUUACGUCAUAUUUCUAUAUCAACGUGAUGGCAUGAACUGGACGUACACACCUGGCCGGGUCAUCAACAUUGGUUUCACUAAUGGGAUUGACGUCAAACUGGCCCGGGACACGAAUACUCCACUCGUUUCAAUGCUGGAUAAACUUAGGGGAAAUACGGGUAUGCUGCUCAUGUAUUAUUAAUGUCUAUGCUGGCUAAUACAUUUAUUAGAUAUGUGCACACCUGCCUCUCAUUACAUUUAUUAAUAUAUGUGUACACCUGCCUAUCAUUACUUUUAUUAGUACUUAAUGUAUACGUCUGCCUCUUUUUACUUUUAUUAAUAUAUGCCUACACUUGCCUCUCAUUACUUUUAGUAGUAGUUACAAUGUUGUCAUUUAUAUAGUCCGUAAAUUUUUGAAUUUAUUCGUAUAAACACUAACAAUCAAUUUGGUUGAAGCAUUCACUAGCACUGUACUAUUAUUAUACUUUCUAGUGGCUAAUAUGUGUCUGUUAGUUUACAUAUUGUUACAUUUUAACCCCUUCCAACCUUUCCCCAAUUAAACAAUGUGGUGGUAUGCUAAGCUAAGAAUGUUUGUUUGUUUUUUUUUAAAUUUGAAAAUAUUUAAAUUAUUUAAAUCUCUUUACAGACAUAUAAAUAUUACAAACACAUAUUUUCUUAAACUGUGUUUUUUAGCAAGCCCCUGUUGGAGUUCUAGUUAAGAAUCCCAACAGUUGAGAUCUGUAUUUCUCUUCCGUUGAGAAAAAUGAGAUUAUUUAUGAUUUUAUUUUUGUUUUAAUUUAUACGUUCCAUUGAAGCCUAUUUGUUUAUGUUAAAUGUGCUAGCGGUUUAUGAUCGUUAAAAAUCAGUGACAAAAUAUCUAUUUAAAAUGGCUUUCUUUCAGGUGACGUGGGUGUACUGUCUUAUAAAGUUGGCAGCGUCAACACUUCGGCAGCUAAAUGUCAAAGAUAUCUCUGUGAAAACUUGUAUUUGAUGUCUGAUUCUGUCUACGACCUGAAUGUGAAACAACUGCACAAUUGCCCGUGCACGUUGGAUAGGUUGGGGCUCCACUGGCAACUGUUUGAGAAACGCGGAGAGCAGCAGGACAUCCACUGCUACGCCAUCAGCGAUGUGGGGAAGGGGAAGCAACUGCAAAACAAUAACUUAAAUAAGGUAAAAAAUACUGCUGCUCUAAUGCAUACUCGCAAAAUAUAUGUUUCUGUGUGUGGAUGACGGAAUGAUAGAGGGAGAGAGAGAGAGAGAGAGAGAGAGAGAGAGAGAGAGAGAGAAAGAGAAAGAGGGAGAGACAGAGAUAGAGGGAGCUUUAUCUCCCAAUGGGAUGUGUUCAGUUCUUCGUAAUUAGAUAAGACGUCAAUCUUCAAAAUACAGCUUUCCACUUUUCCCAAUGCCUAAGAAGAGACAAUGCCUAGAACCCCUAAUUCAUUCCUUCAAACAAAUUAUUGUGUGCGCAUUCUAGGAUCAGGCGUAAUGCCGUGACAUCUGACUCACAAAUGGACGUUAUUUUUCUCGCUUGGUGGCCUUUCUUCGGCGUAGAGCAGUGGUUCUCAGCCUUUCUCAUGCCGCGACCAUUUAAUACAGUUUUCCUUGUUGUGAUGACCCCCCCAACCAUAGAAUAUUUUCGUUUCUACUUCAUUAUUAUGUGUUUUCCGGUGAUCUUAGGGUGACCCCGGUGUAAGGGUCAGUCUACCCCACAAAGGAAUCGUGACCCACAGGUUGAGAACCGCAUGCGUAGAGGAUCAAUUGCAGCCAGAUAUUCCUUCUCUAGAGAGAGAGCCAUAAGGGUACACUUAAACCGGUGCAUCAUUUAAUCCCCAUGCUAUUCUCAUGUGAACCAGCUUUCUGGACGCGUGCAAAGUCUGUUGCGAAGUUUAUUUCUGGUGGGCAAAGGAAUAUUACAGGUGUCGGAGUAAUCUAUAGUAUUUAGACACACAAAAAAUUAUUGAUUAUUUACUUUAAAUGAAGUGGGUAGCCCAAAUUUCUUUGUCAUCAGCAACCUAAUGACCUAUUUAGAAACACACAUAUCGUGCAUUAUCACUCUAUAUAUUAUUUAAAAUAGUUAACAGUUUUGAUUCUGUACAGCUGUGUUGUUACAAAGUAGAACAGCUGCAUCCUAAUGAUAGCUGGGAACUGGCAUACCAAAAACUGAGGAGCUCAUCGUACCUGCUGUCCUCCCCUGACUCGGGACACAUCCUCAUCAGCGACCCAUGGAGGGGCCACGAAGCGCAGAAGAACAUGCAAGCUCACGACAUGUGCUGUAAGAAUUCAAGCAAAAACAUGUGUGACAAAUUUUACACAAUGUUUCCUGACCUCGGUUGUUCAGACGCAGUGAGUUUCACACACGGUAAGCCACAAUACAUAUGUAUUGUUUGAAUUUGCGAAUUAAAAAAAAAAAAAAGCAACAAAAGAAACACAUGCCUUUCUCAGACUGUUACCUUUUUAUAUCAACUCAGCCUAGUUUUAACUCCAAUAUGGUUAUAAAAGCAAUCUCAUUCACAGAGAGGUACACACAAACGAUCCGUUUGGUCAUCCCUUCCCAACCUCGCUUUUCCUCACGAAACAAUGAAUUUGCUUAGUUAUUGAAGUAAAUAGUUUUCAGUGAUCUGUGAUUAAUUAUAGAAAUUAAAUGGCUAAAAGAUUAAUUGAACUCAUAACAUUCUGAUUCAUUUAACGUCAACACAGGCUACGGCUACGGAGAUCCUCACAUCACAACAUUUGAUGGACUGACCUACACAAUGAAUGGAUGGGGAGAGUACAUCCUGAUGACGAUUGAAUCAGAAGAAUUUGUUUUACAGGUAGACUUUCCAGAAUAUGUCAAUGUCACUUGAUCCAGAUCAACUCGAACAUUUUUUUUACAGUUUUAAAAAAACAUUAUAAAUGGUAGUUAAUCAGCAGUAUUCGAAGAGAACUUAAUUUAAAUAUGUAAUCAUUCCUUUUUAAAACCAUACGCUCCUUUAAAAUAAAUGUAAAAGUCUGUAAAAAUUGAUGAUCUCCGAUGUCAAAAAGAACCAGAAUUAUUAAAAAGAUAAAAAUUAAUGAUCUCCGAUGCAGAAAAGAACUAGCAUUUUUUUUAAAAAUGGAUGGCACCUCCGAGCUGUCUAGUGAACCCUCAUCUAUUUGCAAACUUUUAUUGUAACAACCUGUUAUGUUGGCAUCCCAGUUCUUUAGCAUAAUGUUCUGAUGGUACCCUUCUCUGGUUACACUCUUUUCUUGUAACAUCCUGCUCCGGUGUCAAACUGUUCAGCUUGAAAUAUACUUUAAUCUCACCGUGUCCUGUUGGCAAAUCUCCACUGCUGGCACCAUGUUCUGGUGGCACGCUGACCUCAUAGCGCCCUGUUCUGGUGGCACGCUGAUCUCAUAGCACCCUGUUCUGGUGGCAUGCUGAUCUCAUAGCACCCUGUUCUGGCGGCACGCUGAUCUCAUAGCACCCUGUUCUGGUGGCACGCUGAUCUCAUAGCACCCUGUUCUGGCGGCACGCUGAUCUCAUAGCACACUGUUGUUGUAUUAACUGAUUUCUGUUUUGGAACAGACCUGAGCAAACUUUGUUAAAUGUUUCAUUUUGUGUCACCCCCUCCCUGUCAAAGUGUCACGCGUUCGGUACGCCCCUACCGCAUCCCCUGGUGACGCCACUGCCUGCAAGCAAGAAAUAAGGUUCAAAUUAGUCCACUGACUUAAUUGUAGAUUAACAAACAUUAUUUGCGGAUGUCAUCCAAACGCAGAUAUUAAUUAUAAAGCGAGCAAGACACGUUGCGAAACCUGCCGUUCUUAUAGAGUCGGUAACAAGUGAAAUUAAGAGUCCCUCGUUUAUUCGGAACGCCACACGCAUGCAUCACAUAGAUAGUAAAAACUUAAGUGACAAUUGUGUAGAGAUUGAACCUAAUUAAAGGAAAAAGUCCUCAGUAUAAGCUAGUGACAUUAAGCAUAGUGAUAUAACUGUCAUUCUGAAUAAAAGCGGUUUUGUUAUCAUUCGCUUGUGCACUUUUGAUAACUUCAUACUCGAGUUGAUAAUUUAAUUCAUUAUCAAUGAUUACAACAAUAAACUACAACGUCUAGCGUGUUGCCUUGUUAAAGUGCACCGAUCUGUUCACAGCUGUUGUUCAUGCUCUCAAUUUUUGGGUUCACUUUAAAGUCUACCACAUGCUCUGUGGACCGUUCACUGAGUAUUAAGCGUACUUGAAGUCAAGCCUAACAUUUUAUUUUAUGGACCAUGUCUGUCGAAAUAUUUUCAAGAUUGUAAUGGUAGAGCGAUCAUGCCCUAAAUGUAAACAUCAUCAUAAUAUAGACGGAAUAUCGCAGAAAGAUGUUAACAUCUAAGGAAGAUUGCAUUUAAUUUUCAGUGAUUUUAUUUUAAAAAAUGUGUGAAUUAUGACUAUUUACGAUUUUAUCCCUAAAUUAUAGUACGGGAGCAAUGUAAUUAAUCACAUUCACUAUAAUUUAACUACAAAUUAUUAUUUUAUUUAUUUAUUUUAUUUUUUUCAAUUUUAUUUGCACGGUAUUUAUUUUUUAUUUAUUUUAUUUAUUUUUAGAGGUUGUUUGUUUUUUUUUUUUUUUUUUUUUUUUUGGGGGGGGGGGGGGGGGGGGGGGGGGGGGGUGGUAGUUAUUCGUCCGUCUCAGUAUGAUGACGGCUUAGUUUUCUUCAAAAGAAAACACGGGAUUUUGUUAGGAAAAUACGCUGGUUCCUUCUUAGCAAGUCUCCAAACUCCACGCAAACUGGUGAUCCCAAAGUGAACAUCAAGAGGAUGCAAGGCCGCGACUUUGAAGCCACCUUACCAAUAACCAGUAUUGUGCUAUCCGCAUUCAAAAUUGAUGUUUAGACUAGUUUUCCACGUCACAACUUUGGGGGCAAAUCAAAUACCCGUGCCCCCCCCCCCCCCCCCCCACGACUUUAAAGCCACCUUACCAAUUACCAGUAUUGUGCUAUCCCCAUUCAAAAUUGAUGUUUAGACUAGUUUUCCCCGUCACAACUUUGGGGGCAAAUCAAAUACCCGUGCCCCCCCCCCCCACCUCCUAAUGCAACCGUAUUGGAUGAUCGAUGAUGCAUCUUUUACUUAUAUAUCCGAUGAUAUAUUGAUAUUUUCGCAUCGGUAUUAUAUAACAUUUAAGAGGUGUUUUAACAGACCAGAACGGCGAGGGCCGAGACCACGAACUCGGAGCCAACCAAUGCAACAGUUUUUAAGGCGUUUGCGGCUAAAGAGGGAAAUAACUCUCAUUUUCAAGUUGAGCUUUCACCAUCAAAUACAUGUAAGUGUAGAGUGUGUAAACAACUCCGAUGUCACUUAAACUUAUAUUAUUUAAAUUCUAAAAUAACAAAUAUAUAGUCUUAGUUAACUAGUAAUUUAAUUUUUUUUUUCAAACACAACAAAACACAAUUUCUACUGUUAAUAGAUAUUUAAAUGUAAAUUAAUCUAAUUGGAUUUACAAUAAAAUAAAUUAUAAUUAUAAACGUUCAAAUAGAAAAUGUCCAUGCCGUAAUUUCAUAAAAAAUUAAUUAAAAACUCAAAAGGAAUUUUUGCAAAAAAAAUAUACACCCUCAUAAUUGCAGAAUUGACAACUAAAGGCAGGGCCGGCCUUAGGUCACUGCAAACUAUGCGGCCGCAGAGGGCCCCGCAUUUUUUUUUUCUAAUACAAAAAAAAUCUUAACUUUCACUUAUUAUCCUUAUCCCUACUCAGACUGGGCCCCGCGCAAUCCGUUUCGCAUAGGGCCCCGCAAUUGUUAGGGCCAGCCCUGACUAAAGGUGAUUUUUAAAAUAAAGGCAAUUAUUUUUAACUAUAAUAAUCAUACUCAUACAUGGUUUUCCCUUUUGUGUAAUUGGUCUACAAUGGAUAACAGUCCGUGCACAAACCACCCUUCUAAUUGAAGUCUUUUUAAAAAAAUAUUUAAAUUUAUAUACUAUUAAAUUCAAUUUUCGGUCAAUGCAAAGAGAAUACCAUCGUGUUAAUGUAUUAGAAAAAUACAUGGAAAAGAAACAAAAGUCACAGCAUAUUAAUAUUACAAUUUUUUUUUUUUAAAUAUGGAUUAAGAUUAAAUCCACUGUGUUUAGUUUACCAAGCACUAGGCAAAAGUAUUAUUAUUUUUCCAGCAAUGAUAGUCCUUGUCAACGGUAUUGAUGUUACUCAGAAGUAUUAUGGCAGUUCAAGUUUCUUGAUAGCUGAAAGAAGAAUCAACGUUUUCAAGGAAUAUAUUGCUGAUAAAGACUUUAUAACUGCAAUAUUUCCCUGUGGUAAGAAUAAUUUUCAUAUUAAAUGUUAUUAGCUACAAAAAGAAUUUCAAAUUAAAAGCAUCUAGUUAAAUAAACCUUUACUUUCAGCAUCAUUUUUAUUAAUUUUAAAAGGUAUAUUCUUGAAUUAAACAUAUUGUGAAUAAAAUGUAAAUCAAAUCAAACUAUUAACUAACUAAUGGCCAAUUCAUUUCAUCAUAUUUAUAUUGAAUUGAACACGAGAUGGGAUUUAUUAUUUACCCUAAGAUGUUAAAAUGUUUGCUUUGGGGUUCACAAUACAUCUUUAAAACUUGGACAAUGACUAGGGGCCUAUAUGUUUAUAGAUGGUAGGGAAUUUCAGACGAAUGCAUCAAUUCAGUUGUUCUGACCUAAGCCCUGGGUAAAUACUUAUUAAAAAUUCUUCUUCUUUCUUAGCCCUUCUCACUGCCAAUGGUGUUCCAGAUAGUCACACUUUAUUAAAAAUAGGAUUUAAUAACUUUUUUUUGAAGUUUCAAGUUCCACUUGAGCAUGAUGUAAUAUCAUAAAUUUCAAACCUUCAAUCUACCUCUCAAACAUAUGGUCACAUGUCUGACUCCCUUUCGACCUUUGGUGUAUAAAAUCUCUAAACACUUACUCUUUUUAUUUUAUGCGUUAAAUUAAAAAUAAAUUGAGAUCAUGCAUUUAACAUUUUGUUAAUGGAUACUUUUGUUUCAGGAAUUUCCAUUAAAGUCCAUGUGUCACAGAAAAAUCUUCAGUUGGAAAUUACAGCUGAUAAUUAUCUCAAAAACAGAGUGGAAGGUCUUUUUGGAAAUUUUAAUGGACUAAUAAAAGAUGAAUACUCUGAAAGCACUGGAGCAUAUGUGACGAAUGAUUUAAAUGAGAAAGAGAUCUUGAAUCACAUAAUAAAAAAUUGUGAGCAAUGCUUAUUUUACGACAAUUUAUUUUUCUGUUUUAAACUAAAAAAGCUGUUAACAAAAAUUUAGCAAUUUCUUUGCUACCCAUCUAUCCAUUAUUGUGGCACUACAGCCCAUGUAGGGCUUUAGCCUGCCUCGCCACUUCCUUCCACUCAGACCUAAAUGAUGAAUCAAAAAUCAUUAAAAUAUUUUAAGAAUUCUCUACAUUAAGUUUGUUUGAGAAAAAUUUGUUUCAGAAAACUUUCAAUAAAUUUUGUUUAUAUAGUAAUCCAUAUCAUUAAUUAUGAAUUUAUUUAUUUAAAAUUAUUAAAGUUAAUGAAAGUAAUAAAUCUUAGUCUUGUGAUAACUUAGUUGAUUUUAUUUUAGUUUUGUUUUAAUUUAAUUAGCUUAUUUUAUUAUUUUAUAAAUGUUCAUUUUUAAAUUUUGGGCAAUAAAACAUGGACUGCUUUAAGCACGUGAAAGCAAAUCAAACCCAACAUGAGUCUUGAAGUUUGGUAUUAUAUUCUCAUCUUAUAAACAACUUUAGUAUCAUCAUUUUUGUUAUCUUAGGGUUGGUAACUCCAAGUAACACCAUUUUCUCUUAUGAGAGAAAUAAAAGCCCUACAGAUUAUAAACAUGAAGAUUUCAUUCCGAUGUACAGUGAUCAAGGAAACCACACUGAAACUAAUGAGAUUUGUAAAAACACAAGUGUCACAUGCAUGUUUGAUUUCCUGGUCACAAAAGAUAAAACCUUUGCUUUUAUGACCCAACAAUUCGUUGACAAAAUGGAACUAUCUGCACAGAGUCUAGGUAUUUUUUUUUCUUCAUAUUUUAGAACAUACAAUUUGUAAUGCAAAAAAGAAAAAAAAGGGCAAUAUAAUUUAUGCUAUUCUAUGUUUAGCUGGAAUUUUUACAUUCAUACAUUUCAAAUUAUGAUGAUUCAAGUCAUUAUACUAGAUCUUUAAUGAGGAAACACUAUUUUUAGUUGUAAUUGAAAACAUAUUUGCCAUCCUUGUUUCAGGCAACCCACCACCAAAAAUUUCUCAAAUACUAUUAAAUGCUAAAAACAUGUGGGCAGUAAAAGGUGGAAACCAUGCUGUACUUGAUGUUGAGGUCACAGAUGAUGAUGAAAAUGUCACAUUAGAACCCGUCUUUGAUUUGGAGGAGUCAAAAGCCAAUAUCUCUGGUCAUCAGAUUUUUUACCUACCAGAUGUAAAUAAUCCAGUAAAGCUUGGGUUAGUGAAAUACCUAGUGAACAAAUGUAAAAACAAAAUAUAUUAACAAAGAACUAUCAGCAAGGGAAGAGAUCUUUAAAAAAAAUAUUUUUUAAAAUUUAGAAUGAUAUAAUUGUUCAAUCUUUAUGCACAGUUAUUGAAACUUUGUUUAUUUUUGUAAAUGGUAAAAUGGUAUAAAACUUAAGAUAUAAUUGUUAAUUUUAAAUUAAAUGUAUAGUAAUUUACACAUUAUUUUUUUAAGACAUUUAAUAGAGCUGCUCGACAAUAGUUGAACAUAUCUGAUUUCAAAUUAAAAUUUGCUCAAAUUAAUUUGUAAUUUUGUGCAUGCUACUUAAAUUUAGAUAUUUUUUAACUUGCAAGCCAUCAAUUUUAAUUUUCAUUAGGACCAAGCUCCAACUCUCUCUUACGUUACAUCAAAGCUAAAUAUUAAAAGGAAAAAAUAAAAAUCAUUUAUCUUAUUACCAUCUGAUAUUAUAUACUCAGUGGGAAUGAAAGUAUAAAAAUUACACCAUGACUGAUCAGCUUUUAUUUACAUCAGGAUUCGAGCCAAAGAUAUAGAAGGUGCCUACAGUGCAAUAUACUUCAUCAAUAUAGCUGUAUGCUCAGAAUGUAGUCAUCAUGGCAAAUGUGAUGUCAACAACACCAGGACUAUGGACUAUAUCAAUGGCUACUUUUGGAUUAUGAAAUGUGUUUGUGAUAAAGGCUUUACAGGUAUUAACUAUCCACUACUUGUGCGUUUGAAUGUAGAAUAUAACAUUAAAUUUAAACCUUGAAAUAUUCGCUGAAUGAUGGAAGAGAAGGGGAUAACUAGAAUUCAAUUUUUCCUUUCUAAUUUUUUUGUCAGUGAUGUAUUUGAUCAUUCAUCUGGGAUUCAAAUUAUAAUAAUAAUAUCAUUUCAUGAAUUCCACAAACUGUUCUAAUUGUUGAUCGUUUUUUAAUUUUGUUAUUUUUUUGAUGAGGUACAUAUUGUGAAACCAAACUGGAUGCUUGUCUAGUUAAACCCUGUUCUGUGGGACAGGUCUGUCAAAAUCUAACGAUAACAGAACAAAAAAAUAUUUCCAGUGAAUUUGGCUGUGGAUGUUGUCCUGAUGGAUUUGAGUACUACAAUGGAAAAUGUGUUGGUAAGAAAAUGUUUACUUAAUUUGUACAUUUAAGUAUUUAAAAUUCAUACUGAAAUUAGUUAAUUAUUUUCUAGUCAAUGAACAGACUAAAUGUUUUUUUUUUCUUUUUUGAUUUUUUAAACUUAAAAUAAGCAAUCAUUCUUAAAGCCCAAAAAUAUUGUUUUCUUUUUAAGAAUUGAUUUUUAAGGAAUGCUAAUAUUAUUAUAUAUUUUUGAAUUAUUAAAUUUAUUUAAAUUAUUGGCAUCUAUUAUAUAGAUGUAAAAUCAAAAUCAUAUUUUUUCGACAGAUAUUAAUGAAUGCAGCUUUCCCUCACAAGUCUGUCAUCAAAUAUGUACCAACACAAUUGGAUCUUACUUAUGUAGUUGCAAGCAAGGUUUCAGACUUGGAUCAGACUUAAACACAUGUUUUGGUGACAAUUUUUUUUAAUAUGCUUUUGAUCAUUUAUUCUUAAUUUUGGAUUUAGACUAAUAUUUAAACAAGAAUUUCUUUUUUUUGCCUACGUGGAAACAUAAAGUUUUAUUAAAAUUUGUAUUCUCUGAACAACAACAAAGAAUCUGUAAAUAUUUUAAACUUAUUCAGGUAACAGUUUUUGACAAAAUCAAUUAAUGAUUUCAUUAUGGAUGAAUGUGAAAAAAUUAUUGAUAAUUAGAUAACUGUCGUUGGAUGAACAAAAUAUAAUAUCCUUUGUUCAGAUAUAAAUGAGUGUCAAGAUAUGACUACGUCAUGUCAACAGAGAUGUGUAAAUAAUGAAGGCAGCUACACUUGUAAUAGUUUACAUGGUUAUGACAUUCACAUUGACAGUUCCGGUUGCAUAUUAUUAUUAGGUAAAAUAUCAUUAAGCUCUUUUCAUUGUUAAAGUCUCACAUUUAGCAGUAAAUAUAUGUAUUAAAAAAGAAAUUAAUUACACUUCUUUUAAAGAAUAUAAGAUUUUGAAAUUUAUUGCUAAUCUAAAUUUACUUAAUAAUGAGAAAAAAUUAAAUGUGUUUCCAAAUUAUAAAAAUGAAAAUUAUUUAAAAUGUCGUUGAAAAUUAUUGGAACUGGUCUUUAAAUAAAUAGAUCGUGGGCCCUUAAUAUAUAGAAGGAGAAGAAGAACUUUAUAAGUAUUAAAUAUGUUCCCCUAGUUUAGCUUUAAAUAAUUAUGUGUUUAACUUAACUUUCAAUGCUCAUAGCAUUGACUCUAUAAGCUCUGCUUUUUCAUUUAUAUCACUAAAAUUAAUAUACUAUUAAUGUAUUUAACAUUUUAUUCCAAUUAUAUAAAAAAUAUAUAUCCUAAAUGUUUUUCAAAAAUUUUUUAAAGUAUUAUUGUUUAUUUUAGUUUCGCUUUAGUUUAAAUAUCAUUAUUUUAUAUGUUUAGAUGCAGAAUCUUCAGACACUAAUCAUUCUACACAAAUAUAUAACACUGAAGUAGACUAUCUUAAUAUCACAUGUUGCCUUGGUUACAGUGAAAAUAAAGGACUUUGCCAAGGUAUUUAAAUUUUGCUAUGCAAUUAAUUCUUAAUCAAACAGACAGUACAUGUUUACUUACUUGAAUUUUAUUAAAUACAUUUUAGUGAAGGCUAAUUCUUAUCAAUUCCCUUAUAACCAAUUGCAUAUUUCAAAGAAAUAAUGUUCAAAAGAGUUCCGGUUUAUAUUUAUGUAUUUGAUUCCAAAGGAGUAUUCUCCAUCAACAGAUAUUGAUGAAUGCAGUCUUGACCACAGCCCUUGCAGCCAUGGAUGUCAAAAUACAAAUGGAAGCUUUUUUUGUUUCUGUUAUGAAGGCUUUAUGUUGGAUUCUGAUGCGGUGUCAUGUAGGAGUAAGUGUUAGUUACCAAAUUUAAACAUGGAAGAUAAACCUUUAGUUAAAUUUUAGAUAAAUGAACAGUGAAAAAUUCAUGCAUAAAUAAUACUAAAAAUUAUAAAUGUAGCUGGCCUACAUUAUUAUUAGCAUUAAUAUAACUAAUUUAAUUAUACACACAAAUCAAAGAUUGAGGAUAGAAUAUACAAUUUUAUACAUUUAAUUGUUGUUCCUUUUCAGAAUGUGAUUCGCCUUCCUAUGGAGUAAACUGCUCUCAAACUUGUGAAUGUAGUGAUAAUGGAUAUUGUGAUGUUGUGAAAGGAUGUGUUUGUGAUGAAAACUGGACGGGGGUCAACUGUGAUGUGGAUGUUGAUGAAUGUAUCAGCCCAGAUAUCUGUCCUGAAAACCAGUUGUGUCAAAAUACAAAUGGAUCAUUCACAUGCCUAUGUCCCACAGGUUUUGAGAUGGCCGAUGACAAAUGUAGAGGUAUUUAUUUGUUUUUGUAUAAUUUGGUAGUUUAAGAAAAUGUAAUUCUAUAUUUUACAAAUUAAAUAAACAAUAAUUAUUGUUGAUGUCAGUAAAUUAAAAACUUCCAACAUAGCAAUUUCAAAAAAUCAUUAUUUUUUCCUUUUUGAAAAAUUAUUUAUGUCAUAUGAAAAAUUAAUUUCAAUGCAUUUAAAAUGAUUACAUUAAACAAAAAAUUAUGCAAAUGCCAUUUACAUUGGAAUUAAGUAAUAAACAGAUUAUAAUUAAGAAACAUAUUUCCUUUUCCUAUUUGAAGCUAUAUUUCAUUUUCAGAUAUUAAUGAAUGCAUUGAAGCUGAGAUACAUACAUAUUGUGAUGUUGAUAAAGAAAUGUGUGUCAACACUGUAGGAAGUUAUCAUUGUAGAUGUAAUCAAGGAUACUCCAAGAUAAAUUCUUCAAAAUGUCAAGGUAAGUGUAAGCAUAACAAUUUUGUUACUUCUUCAUGUCUCAUGGAAAACACUAACAUAUUGGUAUUGCUUGCCUAAUUUGGGCUGUUGAGUUUUUUUUAUUAAGGUUUAAUUUUUUCCCCCAUUUCAUAAAUAAUAAUUUAUUUUGGCUUGCAUGUCCCUUUACUAUAUCUUGUUUAUUAAAGCUCAACAUUUUCUAGUUUAUGAGGCAGUUUUCCUAUUGGAGCAUUUGAGGACCACCAAACAAACUUAAAUGACAUCUAAACUACACUAUGUCAAGUUAUGAUUAAAUAUUUAAAUUAUAUAAAUCUAAUGAUAUCUAAAAGGGAUAUUAUAUUAAUUCAUAAUUCACUUUUCUUCUGCAACAUAAAAGUUUUUUGGCUUAAAUUUUAUGUUUUAAUUAAAAAUAUUUAGUAUGUCGAUUAUUAAUACAAUAAAUUCUCCAAGUUUAAUGAUAUUUAUAAUGUACAGUUAAUUUAUUAUUUUUUAAAAUUUAGCAUUGUUUCUAGUAAUUGUUAAAUAUUUAUUGUAAUAUCAGACAUUGAUGAGUGCCACUUGGCUACUGAUCAAUGUCAGCACUAUUGUCAGAAUGUUGAAGGCGGCUACAACUGCCAAUGUGAGACUGGAUAUAUUCUGGCUGAAGAUCGUCACAAUUGUAUCAGUGGUAAUGAAAUGAAAAUUAUUAUUAGCCGAUCCCAUUCAUUUAAAUGCGUUUUUUUUUAAAAAUUGAAAUAUUAUUAAUAUCUGGAUUAUUUCAUUAACUGUUUAGGAAUAGUUAACUUCUCAUGAGUAUAUUUUAUAUCUUUAGUAUUUUUUUAGAAGUAUGGUAAUGUAUUUAAGAUCAAAUUUUUGUUUCAAGCAUUCACCUUUGAGAAUUAAAAAAAACUAAAUUUUAUAAUAAAUUUGAUCCGUUGUUUCCUCAUUUAAACAUUGUUAUAUUUUAUGAAAAUAUUUUAUUUUCAGUUACUAAUCUGUGUGCAGGCACCAAACUCUAUUGCCAGAUGGGAUGCAGGACUGAUGAUACAAAUCAAACUUACUGCUUUUGUCCCAAAGGUCAUACAAUGUAUAAUCAAAGCAAAUGUAAAGGUAGUUGUAUUUUAAAAUAACUCCAAUCAACACAUCAAUUAAAAAAAAUAUAAUAAUUUUGACGUUUUUAAUAUCAAUGAAGUUUAUUUAGUGUGAUUUGCAAAUUGUAUUUACAUUUAAAUUUUUUUUUUAUUUUAAAUGUCCGGAUUUUUUGAAAAAAUAAAAUUUGCCCUCUUAUAAGUGUUUUGUUUCAGCUUUUUGGGAUUGUCUUUUUGAUAUAAUUCAUAAAGUUAAUGAGGAUAAAUACAUUUCAUUUAUUAAAUAUUUGUUAUUGUUUACCCCCAUUCAUUUUCAAAUUAAUGAGUACAGAUAUAGAUGAAUGUUCACAACCGCAGAACAACGGCUGCUCAUAUAAAGAAGGUUGCGUUAACACAUUAGGAGCCUACAACUGUUCUUGCCCACCUGGUCAAAGUUUGGAUAAUAAUGGACGCACGUGCCUGCUGUCGAUCCCAAGCAAAGUAUUCAACAGAAUGCUGCUAAACAGAAUGAGGGAGGCAAUAGACAUCAAUCUUAGGGACCAACAAGCAGGGUUCAGAAAAGACAGAUCCUGCACAGACCAGAUUGCCACACUGAGAAUUAUUGUGGAACAAUCUCUGGAGUGGAACUCGUCACUAUACGUCAACUUCAUUGACUAUGAGAAGGCUUUUGACAGUGUCGACAGACAGACUCUGUGGAAGCUGCUUAGACACUACGGGGUACCACAAAAAUUGACAGACAUAAUUAAGGCUUCUUACGAAGGACUAUCGUGCAGAAUUGUCCACGGCCAGCAAACAACGGCGGCUUUUGAGGUACAGACCGGUGUCAGACAGGGGUGUCUGCUCUCGCCUUUCCUAUUCCUGCUGACCAUUGAUUGGAUAAUGAAAAUGUCUACAGAGCAGAAGAGAAAUGGUAUCCAGUGGACACUAUGGAAACAACUUGAUGACCUGGAUUUUGCGGAUGAUCUGGCCCUAGUAUCACACACACAGCAACAGAUGCAAGAGAAAACCAAUUAUGUAGCACAGUACUCUGCUUGCAUCGGCCUGAACAUCCACAGAGGAAAAAGCAAAGUCCUUAAAAUAAAUACAUCAAGCAACACACCUAUAGCACUGGAAGGAACAAACCUUGAGGAGGUGGAUAGCUUUACAUACCUCGGCAGCAUCAUUGACAUACAAGGAGGGACAGACGCCGACAUAAGAGUGAGAGUUGGUAAGGCAAGAGCGGCAUUUAACCAGCUAAAAAAGGUCUGGAGCUGCAGCAAUUUGACCCUCCAGACCAAGGUCAAGGUAUUCAACACCACAGUGAAACCUGUCUUGCUAUAUGGGGCAGAAACAUGGCGAACAACAGCAGCUGGUUCAAAAAAGCUACAGACCUUUAUCAACUCAUGUCUCCGAACGAUUUUACGAAUCCGCUGGCCCACCGUCAUCACCAACGAGGAUCUCUGGCGGCGCACACAACAAGAACCAGUGGAAGAGUUAAUCUGCCAGCGCAGAUGGAGAUGGAUUGGCCACACUCUCAGAAAGCCCGCAUCAAGUAUCACGAGACAAGCCCUGACUUGGAACCCCCAGGGUAAGAGAAAAAGAGGUCGACCCAAAACAACUUGGAGAAGGGAACUGGAGGCAGACAUCAAAAAGAGUGGGCACAACUGGGGACAGUUGGAGAGACUUGCCCAAGACCGGGAUGCCUGGAGAGCCUUUGUUUGUGGCCUAUGCCCCAGACGGGACGACAGGCGAUGAUGAUGAUGAUGAUGAUAUAAGUGUUUUGUUUCAGCUUUUUGGGAUUGUCUUUUUGAUAUAAUUCAUAAAGUUAAUGAGGAUAAAUACAUUUCAUUUAUUAAAUAUUUGUUAUUGUUUACCCCCAUUCAUUUUCAAAUUAAUGAGUACAGAUAUAGAUGAAUGUUCACAACCGCAGAACAACGGCUGCUCAUAUAAAGAAGGUUGCGUUAACACAUUAGGAGCCUACAACUGUUCUUGCCCACCUGGUCAAAGUUUGGAUAAUAAUGGACGCACGUGCCUUGGUAAAUCUCUGAUGGAGAUUCAAACAUUUAUUAUAGUUUCUUUGUUAGUGGUAAAGCUACACACUUUUUUUAAUGGAAUUUAAAUCUGUAUGAUGUGGAUCUUUUGAUCAAAUUUUUUGCUGAGUUAUAAAGAAGGAACCCUUUCUGACUCAUUGAGCUACUAAUACAUGUUUAAACAGCGUGGCAUAAAACAUUAAUGAUUAUCAUUAACUCAGUGUUUAUAAUAAUGUUUGGUUGAUUUUGCAUUAGACUUUAAUUUAACUCCAUAUCAAACACAAAGGGUGCCCGAAUUUAAAUUUAAAGUUAAACAAUUAUUUUGAUAGUUCAACAAAAUUAUAAAUAAUUAAAUUUAUAUUUUUUAGACAUUUUCAACAAUAGUGUGUUAUAUUUAUGUCUUAUCACUACAGACUGUAAUAACGACACCUGGGGUGUGCAAUGUUCUCAUGAAUGUGCUUGUGGAAUAGGAGCUGAGAAAUGUGAUCCAGUUUCUGGUUGUAUCUGUAAGACUGGUUAUACAGGUGAUUUAUUGAGGCUUUCUGAGAGGGAGACAUGGUGAUCAACAUUAGAUACCAAUUUAAUAAAAUUCAACAUUGUUUAUUAUUAGACCAGUUUUGAUUUUGAUAAAUAAUUGAAAAAUUAAAUCUUUUAAUGUUUAAUACUCCAGGAAAACACUGUGACAGAGAUAUCAAUGAAUGUGCUAGUGGCAGAAUAUCUUGUGGCACAAAAGAGGUUUGCGUUAAUUUGCCUGGAAAUGCUACUUGUAAAUGCCUAGCUGGCUAUGGGUUUGAUGAAAAUGGAACAUGUGUUGGUAGGCCAAGAUUAAAUAUAAUUAUUAAAAUGUUUGUGCUAAUUAUGGAACAGACCCUUCUUUACAAGACUUUAACAUUUAAAUAUAAAACUUUGUUCAAACAUGUUUUUCAUUAUCAUUAUAAGUUACAUCAAUGUUAAAAAGGCUUGAUAACAAAAUAAUCACUUGAAACUAUUUUGAAAUGUAUGACUUACAUCAUUUUAUGAGGGGUAUCUAAAACAAGACACUAAAUUUUACAUUUCUUUUAAAGCAAAACUAAGAUAGAAGUUUAAAACUCUACACAAUAAUGUAGAACUAAAAGACAUGCAUUUUAAAAAUCUGAUUGUCUUCUACAUGACAGAUAUAAAUGAAUGCUCACAAAUGAACACUCAGCGGUGUUCACAGGCCUGUGCCAACACAGUAGGCGGAUUUGCCUGCUUCUGUCACACUGGUUAUUCCUACAACACUACGUCAAACACCUGUCAAGGUUUGCUUUAAACUGUCUUCUAAAAUGUUCAGUCUGAAUGGUGUCAUUGUGGCAAAGGUGUAACUAAAAUUAUCAUUAUUUGUUGUCAUGUUGUUGCCAGUUACAUGUUUAGUUUGAAUAGUUUGAUGGAAGACUAGGAUUUUUCAUUACAAAUAAAUCAAAACUUAUACAAAUUAUACAAUGUAUUUUGUUAAUGUAUAAAUAGCAUUGAUGAGACUCUAAUGUAUUUUAGCAAUAAAAGAAUAAUCUGAGUUAACACAUUCAUCAAGUUAAUGAUGCAAGUGAGUAAAAAAAAGUAUGGUCAAACCUGAAAAAAAAGAACGCAAGACAGAAUUAAAUUACUUUUUUUUUUUGCCUGUAUGUAAUCUCUCACCUACUCAUUUUAUGUCACAAUUCUUUUGCUGCUCUCUCAGAUACUACUUCUCAGCUAAGUGCUAUAUUGUAUUUUAAUUCUGUUUUUUCAGUUGUUUGUUUGCUGAUAAAGGCUUCAUACUGACACGUUCAUUGUUUUGUUGCGUUCCUUUUUUCAGGUUUGACCAUUCUUUGCUUUACUCAUUUCCUUUAUUUGCUAAUCUGAUAGCAGUCUCUCCACUUUAUUACCAUAAUGAUGCAAGUGCUAUUUACAUGCAUCAUCACAACAGAUAUUGAUGAGUGUCUCUUAAAGUUGGAUCAGUGUGAUCAAAUGUGUAACAACACUGAAGGAAGCUACAGAUGUUCUUGUAAUCCCGGAUUGCAUUUAAACUAUGACGGGCUUACUUGCAAAGGUAAAUUGGCACACAAUUUAAACAAUUUCUAUAUGUUCCAAAAAUUUCUUAAAUUUUAAAAAAUGUAAAUUGAGACAAAUCUCAAAAUAUGGUGACACAUAAUUUAUUAUCUUUAAAGCUGAUGAAUCUUGUGUGAACAGUUCAAAGUGCAGUAACCUGUGUGUAUUAAUUAAUGGAACAGAAACUUGUUUCUGCCCCAAGGGAAAAGUUUUGAUCAACAGCACACAAUGUGAAGGUAAUUAAUUUCAUACUGCAUACAAGUUCUCAUGAUUUAUGCCUCCACUCAUAGAUUAAAACAUGUAAAUUGCAGUGUUUUUUUGUUUGUUUGUUUUAACUCACCCAAAUGGCGCAUAGGAAUCUUUUUUCGACUGAAUUUUCAUAGUAACUUUUGAAGAUUUGAUGUUGGUCCACUUUGACUUGAAUUGCCCUGUAAAGCAUAGCUAGUUUAGCCAAAAUCAUUGAAAAGAAGCUUGCGGGCUGCUUGUGUGUUGAGUCCGAUGCAUGCAUACUUUUGUCUCGUUGGUUGCCAUGAUCUUUUUCAUCUUGUGGGCCUGCUGGACUUUUGACUGGUCCUACCCUGAGUGCUUACGGGGGGCGGCACAGUUAUGUUUUUUUGCACAAAUGAUGUGUGAUUGUGUGUAUAGUGGGGUGGGGAGUGGGCGAUCAUUCCCGGGCGGCACUAGGUCUUUUUUCCUUGAUGGUGGGUAUUUUCCACCAGCUGCAAAGCUAUUUUUAGGAAAAGGGGCGGCAAAAUAGCUUAGCUACUGCGUGAAGUUUAAAUACUUUUUUUAUAAAUGAUUUUAUGCUAUUCUGGCCAAUUUUAGGAUCUCCUCCCUUUUUCCCCAAUCAUCACACAUUUGUCACACAAUUGAGAAACCAUCAUUUGAAUCAUCACAAAAUCAUCCCCCUCCCCUCACUCGCCUUUUUCCUGGAUUGUGAUUGGGUAAUCUCCUUUUGGAUAUCGGCUUUUAGAUAAACAAGAUGGGAUUAUCUUCACGGUAUAUGUUUUGUUGUUUUUUUUUACAAAAAAUCACUGUAAUUUGUAUUGUUAAUGUACAACAAAAUUAAUCUUAAAUAAAAAUAUUUUUAAUUGAGUCUUAAAUAAAAUUUAAAUAACGAUGGACUAUUCAAUGAGAUAACUUUUAUAUUUAAAAUCCAGUUUAAUUUUUUUGUUGAGAGAAAUCUUUAAAGACUAACUUUUGUAAAAUUACAACAUUUUGUUAUAUAGGCCUACCAUUAUAGCUUUUUGCAAAUUUAAUCGACGAAAGAAUUUGGCUCAUAGAAUGAGCAAUAUGUAACAAAACACUGGAAACCAGUGUGUAAAGAAAACUAUACCAAAGAGAGGGUACAAACGAUAUUCAGUUUAAUAAUACUAUUUGAUUUCUAUAAAAGUACAAAUUUAAAUAUGCAGAAAGAAAAAACUGUAUCAAGUGAAAAUGUACAAUCCUUGAAAUAUACAAAUAUUAAUUUGCAACACACAUACAGAGAAUAAUUUUGCAUUUCAUACCUACAUCUCCUCCAUGUUAGGAAACAUGUGCAACAACAAUGUGUUCUAGAAAAGUGAAUAAAUGUGAUAUUAACAGAGCCUUUUCUCUUUUAAAAUUCAGAUGUAGAUUUAUGUAAAGCUACUCCUUGUCAAGGAGGCUGUCUUGAAAUUAAUGAUAACUCCACUUAUCAGUGUAUUUGUGAACCUGGCCAAUCAUUGGCCCUAGAUGGCAUCAUUUGUACAGGUCAGUUCUUUUGGGGAGCCUUCUGUGUGGAAUUUUUUAAUGUUUCACUUAAUAAGUGAUAUAUUUUUUAGAGUUUAGUAAUCAAACAGGUUUUUUUCCUCUAGUGUAUAUAGUUAAUUAUUUUUGGGUUUAAAUUUAAUUUUUCAAUUCUCCGACAAUGUUCAAGGUGUUUAUGUGCAUUUAUUUCGUGAUGCUAUUUUGAUGUUUUAUGUUCAGACUGCCUGCAAGGUUUGUAUGGAGCUAACUGUAGUGAGCAAUGCACUUGUGACAUGAUGUCUACUAAACACUGUGAUAAAAUAAAUGGAACCUGCUUUUGUGAAACUGGAUGGAUGGGAGACAACUGUGAUCAAGAUAUUGAUGAGUGUGCAAAUAACUCUUCCAUGUGUCAAGCUAAUUCAUCCUGCAAAAACACAAAUGGAUCUUUUCUGUGUGUAUGUGAUGAAGGUUUUAGUCUAAAAUUUGAAGGAAUUAAAAUAUGUGAAGGUACACUAUUAAUUAUUUAUUUAUCAUUAUAAGGAACUUAUUUUACUAUAAAAAAUAAUCUGAUGGUUUAAACAAUUAAACCAAUUAUGCAUAUUGCAAAUUGAACAAUAAAAUAUAUCUUCAGUGAAAACAAAAUUAAAAAUAAUACUCUUUAUUGAAUAAAUACUCAAGAAAUUAGAACUAAUUUUUAAGGAAAUAUUAUUAUCUAGAAGUGGAAAUACAAACUAUCAUACUAAAAACAAUAUCCACUAUUAAUAUAUGAGUGACCUGCUUUUCUAAAAUAUGAAGAAAAGGGCUAUUAAUUGCAUUUUAGAGUAAUUUGAUGAAAUAAAAUGGUAACAAUAACUUGAAUCAUAAAUCUGGCACUAGCUGUUUGAAAACUGAACAGAAUUGUUUUCAUGAUUUUUAAUUUUUAGAAUGUGAUGAGGGUUUCUAUGGUCAGUCAUGUGCUGCACGUUGCAACUGUGGUCAGCACCAGAUGUGUAACAAGGUCAACGGGUCAUGCUCUUGUGUACCUGGUUGGCACGGUGGUAACUGUGAGCAAGACGUUGAUGAAUGCAAAGAUCUCACCCACGGUUGCAACACGUCUAUGCAUGAAGAGUGCGUAAAUGUGGCUGGUGGAUUCAACUGUGAAUGUUCAGCUGGGUUUGGCAGGAGCAAUGAGGAAAACUAUUGCCAAGGUAAGCGGAUGCAAGGUAAGCUGGUGCUGUUCAACAAUACAUUGUAUGAUAUUGUGGCUGUUAAAGGUUUUUCCACAUCUGACUCAGUAUAUUUUCCUUAUCAGAGAUUAUUUUUAUUGACAUUUUAAUUUCAUAAGACCCUAGCUGCAGACUGUAGUCAAGUCAUUAAGGUUCUGGUUCUGGUAAUGUUUCAUUGCGGCAUCCAUGUACUGGCAUCUUUGCAACGGUUCGGGGGUAUGAUGUUGUUAUUCUAACAGCUCCUAGCUGAUGCCAGGGCAGCCUUGAAGCUUUCGACUGAUGUCGAGUUCACAGUGGAAAGUUCAGGUUGUUCCAUGCUAUUAUUGUGCAUGGGAAGAAAGAUUGUUGAUACUGCACUGUGUUGCACUGAGGCACUUUGAAGCAUUUGCUAUUGUUUCUGAUGAAGUCCGUGUUCAGUGAGCGUUUUGCUCUGAUCAAUCUACCCGGCUUCUGUGGGGUGUGGUAUGUGCCUGCUGGUUAGGCCGGCACCAGUCCCAUGAUCACUUUAUAUAAGAAUGUCAGGAGGAGUCCCUCUCAUCUGUCUUUAAGGGGAGGGAUGUCAAAUCUUUUUAAGAGGCCAGUGUCAAUGUGGGAAUAUUGAGCCACAGUUAUCAGGGCACGAAAUCUUGUCAUCUUCUUUUUAUGAAUAGAAUCUCCUAUUACCAUUCGUAUUAAAUUUGGCAAAGAUUAGCUUGGUUGCUAUAUGACUGCUUUCCAUCAUUGCAACAUGGUGAGAGACAUAAAGCAUUUGAUAUGCUAAGAUCUGUAAGGAAACUCAAAUGAUUCAAUCAGUUCAUAUCUUUUUACAGCUGUAGAUGUUAUUUAAAAACUUAGUCAUCUUUCAUUUAUUCACUGUCAUUGAAAAUUUUUCCAACAUUACUUCUAUAAUUUACAUCUUUGAAGAUUGUUAUUUACUGGAAUGCUUAAGCUGAAACAUUAACAUUGUUACUAUAUAUUUAUUGCUAUAACAUUUGUUACUAAACUUUAAUUUGAUCACUUGAUUAAUAGUCUCUGUGAGGAUCAGAGCAUUAAUUUUUUUUUUUAAUCUCUAAUGUUCAUACAAAUAAAUAAGUUCAAAUCAUAAUUUUUUUAAUAUAUACAUUUCCUUGUUAUUGUUUUUAUAUAUAGGUAUUAUUAUAAAGGUAAAAUAUAAUUUAUUGUACUUAGCUGCUUGAUUCCUAAGUCUUCUAUUGUUUUAACUAUCAUAGAUCCUUAGAAUUUACUUCUAAAUUUCAAACACCUAAACAAAAUUUCAGUCAACAUAAAAAUUUAGGAUUCAUUGCAUUAUCAGUUAUAGCAAAUGCAGUUACUUGUUUUCUUUAAGUAUUAUUUUACCACAAUGUCCCCACAGAUGUUGAUUUAUGCAGUCCUAACAAGUGUGAAGAAGUAUGCAUGGAAAUCAAUAGCAAUACCAGUGUCAAAUGUUUGUGUCAGGCUGGUAAACAUUUGGCUAUGGAUGACAUUAGCUGUGAAGGUAUUAAAACUGUUAUUUAUGAGCACACUCGUCAACCUUGUUUUGGUGGAAAAGGCUUAAAGUUACAUGUCAGCUAAUGUGAAUCUAACUUUUAUUUCAAAAUUUGUAAAAUUAUUGUAAGUUCUGAAUGGAUAAAACCACAUUUAUAGUAAUUUAUAUUUACAAUUUACAAAAAUACCCAUCUUUAAUCUCAUUGGUUUAAGAAAUGAAAACUGCUUGAAAUUUGAGGGGAGACAACUGAAAGUUUAAAACAGUUAAAUAAAUUCUAUAACAAAUCAAUAUAUAGAAAAAGUAGCUAAACAACAUAACACAAUAUAUACAUUCACAUUAACAUAAAAUUGAUUUUUAUUCAAAUGUAACAAAAUUAAUAUAAAUCUUAAGAGGGUUAAUAACAUUUCUACAGAUUGCCCUGCCUGGAAAUUUGGAAGAGAUUGCAUGGAACAUUGUCAAUGUGACGUUUCCAAUACAGCAUCUUGUGAUAAAGUUUAUGGGACAUGUGACUGUAGGGAUGGCUGGGAGGGAGAAAACUGCUCUGUCGAUGUUGAUGAAUGUAUAAGCAACUCUAGUUUCUCAUGCCAAAACAAUUCUCACUGUGUCAACACAAAUGGAUCUUCUUAUUGUGAGUGUGAUGAUGGCUUCUGGGAUCUGGAAAAGGGGGCAAUAUUUUGUGAAGGUAAUGUAGUUUAAUUUUACAAUGUCAUUGGUAGCUGCCUUAAUUAAUAAGAGGAACCAAAAUGACCAAUAAAUUGAUCGUGGGCCCUAAAUAUAUAGAAGAAGUGAUUCAGCUUAAAUCAGCGUACUGCAAUUGAUUUUUUUUUACCUAUGAAUAUUAAUUUCUGAUGUCCUCUACAAAAAUAUCCGAGGCUAUAUAAAAGUUAAGAUUACAUUUAAAAAUUAACUACAGAAAGAUGGAACAGUGUUAGAUUAUUUUACUAUAGUUUAUCAUGUUCCAUAUUAAUGUUGCAUUAACUACUGCCAUUUAUAUGAAGAUAUAUACAUAAUGUUGGAAUCAUGUAUCAUAAUAUCACUAAUAAAAAUGUAGAAAACAUUAAAAAGUUUACACUAAAAAAUGUUAUGUCUAAAUUUACUUUGGAAUGAUUACCAAUACUUCUUGCAUAUACCUCUUUCUUUUGUUUGAUUGUUUUACUUUAUAUAGGCUAUAUCCAUUUGAAAACAUUACAAAUAAUAAUGAAAUAAACAAAUAGUGGAACACGAUAUGAACUAUGUUUAGGUUUGAAAAAUAGGACAAUUAAAUGGACUUUUUUGUUAAAUGUCAUUUUCAGCAGACAUGACUUUAGUUUCGAAACAAUGAGCUCCAUAGAUGCAUGAAGACCUAAAUGGAGCUCAUUGUUUCGAAACUAAAGUGCUCUAUUUUAGAAAUGUAAAUUAAGAUUUUCGAAAACAAAGCAUGCAUCCCCCAUAAUUCUGUGAUGCAUAGAUUUGAGGUAAAACAAAAAAUAAGGAUUAUAUUAACAUAUGUAAAAAUUAAGAAAAAGAAUUACCUUUCUUUCAAACCAAAACAUAUCUUGUUCCACUAUUUAAAUAAUAAUAAACAAAUAUUCAGUUUUUUGUUGGUUUUUCUGUUUUUAAAAAUUACAUAUUUGAGCAAAAUGAGUUGUUAUAUUUUCUAUGUCCACAAGAAUGUGAAGAAGGUUUCUAUGGUGCCAACUGCAGUCAGCAAUGCAAAUGUGGAGAUCAUUAUCAAUGUGACAAGGUCAAUGGAUCUUGUCACUGUCUUCCAUACUGGAAUGGAAGCAACUGCAAUGUAGAUGUCAAUGAAUGUGAUAUUGGAACUGACAACUGUAGCUCUGAUCUUCAUCAGCAAUGUGUGAACAUUGACGGGGGAUUCAAUUGUGAAUGCCAACCAGGUUUUGAAAAAAGCUGCCAUUUCUGUGAAUGUUCAGGUAAACUUAUUCAUAAAGUAUGAAUUUUUAAAAAUAAAAUAGUUUACUUUAGAUUUUCAAUAAACUUAACUUAAUAAGCUUUGAAGAAAAUUAAGAAAUGAAACAUAACUUUUUUUAAAGUUGUUGCUAAUAAAUUACAAUUAAGAAACUAAUAAAUAUUGACCUGGGAGAGUUUUGUUAUUAUUGUUUGUGACAUUGGCUUUCAUUAGGUCAGAGGCAUCUGUCCCGGGUGCCAGACUAGUUGGGGAUGCCAAAAUUUCUUUUGAUAUUUUAUUGAUGAAAAUUAUGGAUUUGAGAGUUGAAACAAGAAAGAUAGGCUCUUUAAAAUAAAUCUUGUCCCAGGGUGCCAAACACUCUAGCUACACCUCUACAUUAGGUAUAAAAUUACAUUGAACAAAUCUCUUAUUUCUGUUGAAAUAAUUAAAUAUGUAUUAAAGACAAUUUCAAUAAUUAGGUAUAUUUGACUGACAGCAUAAUCUUCAUUCCCACACAGACACAAAAAUAAAAUCCAUAUUAAAAAGAAGAAUAAUUAAUAGCACUUAACUCAAUAUUGGACAUGUGCAAGCGUUUGUCAAGAUGCAUAGCUCCAGCUGCCUCGUGUUCACUGAGUUAUCAAAUAAGAAAUGUUGGCCAGUUGUUAGAAAUGAGUCCAUCUACUAUAGGAAAAUAUUUCAUUGUUAAACUCUAUAUUCGCGCCUAUGUAAGGGAUUAAGUGAUUUUGAUGGGGUAUUAUGUUUUAUUAAGGUUGGCAGAACCGUUCAAAAAGAGAUUUAAUAGCACGUCACCUAAAUAACACACUAACAUAUAAUUAAUUUCACUUAUAAGUCACGUGGAAGAUGGAGUCAUGCACAAUUGACAAAUGCAAGUACACAUUAAAGAUGUGUGAGUUUCAGUACUGGUAGUUUUGGUGCAAGCUGUAUAAGGAAAAAAUUAAGUUAUUUAAAUAUUUUAUUUUAAUUGCAUUUCGAUUUCAAAUUUGUUGGGUUUUUUUUUUAAAUUUCCAAGGAGUUCUUUGUUUGAAAAUAAGCUAUCUCAUGAUGUAUCACUUUAGAUCUGGACCUAUGUUCCAACACUUCCUGCACUAAUGGGUGUUAUGAAAUCAAUGCCAACUCAAGCUUCAAAUGUCUUUGUAAUGAUGGAGAAAAAAUUGAAUCAGAUGGAAAAUCUUGCUCAGGUAAAGAAUAUUAAAGGCUUCUUCUUUUGUGUUUCUUAAUUUUCAGGAAAUGUUUUCAAAGAUUUAAUUUAAAAAUGAUAUGUGUAUUUUUUGCUAUUUCUUAAUUGAAUAUACAUAUUUGUAACCAAAGAGAAUUCACAUUUUCAUGCUCAAAAUCGGAGAUGCAUGCAAAUGUAGUUACUUCAAAUUUUAGUGCACACAUAUAUAUGAUCUGGGAUAAUUAGAUCUCUCUGUUCAGCUGGUCAAAGUAAAUUUAUAUUAUUUUUAGAGUGUACAGAAUGGACUUUUGGAAACAUGUGCAGUAAAAACUGCACUUGUGACACAUCCAAUACACAAUCUUGGGAUAAAGUUAAUGGGACUUGUAAAUGUAAACAAGGCUGGAUAGGACAGAACUGUGAAACAGAUGUCAAUGAAUGCAAUGAGAAUAUUUUUAGCUGUGGAAACAAUACUCACUGUGUCAAUACAAAUGGUUCAUACCUGUGUGAAUGUGACAUUGGUUACAUUAAUGGCAGUGAUCAAGAAAAUCAAUGUAAAGGUAUGUGCUAGUCUAAUUUAACAACAAAAACAAUCAAUGAUUAAUAUUUUUUUUAAAUAUAUAUUUUCAAUUUUUCUUUGUGCUAAUAACAAAUAACUUUUCAAUAUGUUAUCUUGUUGAUAUUAGAAAUGAGCACCAAAAAGAGUUUUGAGAACUGAGGUGUAAUUUAAUAAUUUUGCUUACUUUAUUCAGAAUGCAACAAGUGGAAAUACGGCAAGAUGUGUGGCUAUGAUUGUAGCUGUGAAAUCUCCAACACUAAAUCUUGUGAUAAUGUAAAUGGAACGUGUCAAUGUAAUGAAGGCUGGAAGGGUGACAACUGUGAAAUGGAUAUUGAUGAAUGUAGGGACAAAAAUAUCACCUGUUGGUCCAAUUCUCACUGUCUCAAUACAAAUGGUUCUUAUGUGUGUCAGUGUCACACUGGUUUCCUGAUGAGCAAAAAUCUUGCAGAAUGUCAAGGUAAGUGACUGAGAUUUAAUGUUCAAAAUUUAUAAUUUGUUUUUUUAUAUUAAGAAAACUUUUGGUUUAUUAAUUCUUUUUUUGAGUUGUAGUUAAAAUAUUUCAUAUCCAGUCUUUUUUGUCCACAAAAGAAGUGUAAUAAUUAAAAUUUUAAUUAAAUAAAUCAAUAUCUGUAAAAUCUGUCAGCAAUAAAAUUUCAGUUGGAAAUUAAAACUUUACUUUCUUGACUUAUUUUUACAUUUCUUAGAAGUAUUUUUUUUAUUACUUAUCAAAUUUUUAUAUUUUAAUACCAUUCUCAAACUUGAGUAUGAAAUGUUUUAUUUUUAAUAUUUUUUUUUUUUUAGAAAUUCCAGUAAUUUAUAUCUUCCUAUAUUUAAAAAAAUAUUAUUCUCCAUUUUGAAUUGGUAAUUUAUGCAUAAAGUUGUAUUUAAAUGCUGCUUCUCAAAUGUAAAACAAUUAUACUUAAUGUAUAUUGUAAUAUUUAGUAUUUGUUAGACAUUUUGUUAAUGUUUAAUAUAAUAUCUAUAAACAUUUUUAUAAGUAUUUUUUAAAAACAUUUUGCUAAGGAAACUAAGUGGUUUACACUUUCAAAAGCAAUAAAAAAAAACAAUUAUUUUGAUUAGGGACUUUUAGAAUAUUUAUUAAAAUAUUACUUCAGCAAUCUCAUUAAAUGGCCAUUUGGGAAUUCUCACUUCUGACACUGUCAAUGUUGAAUAUUUAAUAAGGCUUUUUAAAUUUAUAUUUGGCAUUUUGAAUUGUUUUCUUUUCUUCGUGCUUCAAGUGUGGAUAUAUCCUCAAAUUUGCAAAGCUGAAAGUAUUUCAUUUAGAAAAUAUAUUUUUCUAAAACCAUUUCAUUUAUAUUUAAAUUUUAGAAUAACAUUUUUUCAUUUAAUUAGAGCAGCUUAUUCUUUAGAGACUGUUUCAACUUUUACUUUUUAGUCAUAGAACUGCUAAUAAUGUAGGCCUUUUUUUUUUUUUUUGCAAGUGUUAUAAUUGUUCAAUUCAGUAAUUUUACAUUAGAAGCUCAAGUUGAUCGGUAUUAACAUUAGUGCAAGACUUGUAGUUGUGUAGUUAGAUAAGAUGUAAAUCGAAGCAAACCAAAACCAUUUUUUUUUUUUUUUGUUUUUUUUUUUUUUUUUGUUAUUGUUUUUUUUUUUUUUUUUUUUUAAUAGAAUUUAUAAUAAUUUUUUUUUUUUUUUUUUUUUUUUGCAAGUGUUAUAAUUGUUCAAUUCAGUAAUUUUACAUUAGAAGCUCAAGUUGAUCAGUAUUAACAUUAGUGCAAGACUUGUAGUUGUGUAGUUAGAUAAGAUGUAACUCGAAGCAAACCCAAACCGAACAAAUCAAAUUUGAAACCUGGAUAAAAUUGGACCAAUCCCGCAUGUCAAUGUCACUGAGUACAAACCAAACGGAAUUAACUUUACGGAAACUUAUUAGAACUGAAAAAGUUUUAUGAAUUUUUUUCAUCACUACUAUCACCAGCAAUGUUUUUAAAAUUUUAAUUAAAACUAGAAAACCCAAUUGUAAAACGGUUUUCUGUAAACCAAAUGAUCUCCUUUUGUAUAACCCCCUUCCCCCCUCUCCACCGCCAAAGCUCUUUCUUGCAUUGGCUUGAUUGGAUUUAAAAUUGGGUAGGGGUGUGUGGAUGAUGAAACAACUCUAUGUACAUGAAUAUUUUUUAUCCAGUGUCAGUAGCUUUUAUCGUUCAAAAACAAACAGAAUAAAUUAGGCCUUUUUAUGUGUCAAUCAAAUUGUUAACAAUUGAAAACCACUAGAUGGAGUGAGAUGUGUGUUGAUGAAGAGGGAAAUACACUGUAGUAGGCUGAGCAGACAUGCAGAUGAGCACACUAUGUAGCCAAAUAAAAUCUUUAGAUGUGUAGAUGAGCAUUCUUUGUAACCAAAGGAUUUGAAUUGAAUGUAGACGAAACUUAAAUGUGUUUUAUUUGUAUUAAUUUUUACAAACUAUAUUCUGCAUUGACAUUCUUUGCGUAAUUCAUUUUAUAAAAUGUUAAAUUAUUUUCUAAUUUUUAGUUGUUUAUAUUCAUCAUGACAGAUUUUUAAAAACGUUUUUUUAACAAUUAUUUUUAUGUUCUUCUGUGUUGUUUUAUAAUCUGUAGGAUAUAAUAUCCACAAAAGAAGAUUUUAUUGAAAAAUCUAAUGCUUAAAAAAUCCUUGUUAUAGUGACUAAUCUCUUACCCAUGGAUAAAACUAAGAAAUGAAAAUAUGGUCCCUUCUGAAAAACCCACAAAAUCCUGAAGGUCUCAUCUGACCUCCAAAACCGACCCUUCUCCAGCUUUUCACCGGGUGAACACUGCACGAGAAAGACUCAAACGACAAAAGGAAAAUCUCAUUUUUGUCAACAAACCCCCCACCUCCACUAGAUGGAAAUGCUGGUGGAAAUAGUCCUUUAGCCUUUAAUUUAAAAAAAGGGAGAGGAAAGAUAUGAUAGAAAGAGCCCAUUUCAGCUCGUGUGGCAGAAUGACAAACAUUUCAAGGGAGUGUUGCGAAUGACAGUUGGGUCUUAGAAGCCUGAAGUUGUUAACGAACCCAACUCGAACUUCUAAUAGAGGAUUCAAUUCCAAUCUCUCAUUUAAAUUAAUCUGGAUAAAUUGAUGAACUUUAAACUACUCUAUUUGUGAACAUUUCAUUGAAUUGUAUUCAAAGUAAUUUUUAUAUAAAGCAAUUAUUAAUUGAAAAUAAAAUAAUAUAAUUAUAGCCUACAUAACAUUUAUCAUAACUGACAUACAAUUAGUUCAAUUACAUUAUAUUUUUUAUCGAAUAUUUUUAUUUAUUUAUAAUGUUAUAAAUCAUAUUUAAAAAGUAUUUGCCAAAUCGCUUAUGUUAAGUACAGGACACAAAUAUUAUUCACCUGAUUAUGAGAUUAUUUUUAUAAUGAAGACUAUUAAUAGUUAUAUUAUGGAUUGCAACUGCUAAACGAAAGACAUACAAUCAAUCAGCUAGUGCCAUAGUUAUCCAUGAAAGGGCCCUUAGGCUUCGAGUUUCUAAAGGCUCCCUUGAAAAUGUGGAAUUUUGGAUUACACAGCGUUGCUAUGACAUGGCUUAAAGUUGCAUGGGCCUAAGUUCUUGGUGGGCCCCUGGCCUUCAGCAAAGUCAGCCUUAUGAAUAAUAUUGACCUGCAUGCAGUAUGUUGUCUUCAUUAGCCUUAUGAAUAACAUGGACCUGCAUGCAGUAUGUUGUCUUGAUUUUCAAAUAUAAACAAUAUUGCAAGGAGCACGCAAUAUAGAUUGAUCAUGAUAAUGUUCAUGAUGUAUCACUUGUAUAGAUACAAUUCUACUGUUGCAGUACAGAUAUUGUUUACCUUUGCGAUAAUAAUGUUGGUGUCUUCUAUGACAAUAACAAGUUAGACUAUAUUGAAGUAUACUUUUGGUGUUAUUUUAAUUUGGUAACAAUUAAAUUAAUUUUUUCUUUAUAUUCAAUAAUGUAAAAAUAAAAUUACUUAAAUAGAAAAUUAAGAUGAUUUGGUAAACAGCUUUGAACAUUUUUAUAAUUCAAAUGAAAUACAAAUGAUUCAUUCCAUUGUAAACUCUGCACUAUAGUUUAAAAAAGGUAGUGAAAACAAGGAAAGCAUGAAAAAUUUAGUAGAAUAAAAAUAUUUUAAUCUCAGACAUUAAUGUUAUAUAAGAUAAAAAGAAGAAAAAUGUAAAAUAGUUAUUUUAAGCAAUAAUUAGGCUAUUUUAAAUGCUACCUAUAAAAAAACUUGCUUUUAGAUGAAAAAUAACCGGACAAUUAUUACCAUAUAAACCUCUUGUGUAAUUUUCUUUCUUUUAAAUUUAAUGAUAAUUAAAGAAUGCAGCCAAUGGACAUAUGGAGAUAUGUGUAAUAACAAUUGCACUUGUAUCAGAAACAACUCAAAAUCCUGCAAUAAAGAAAAUGGAACUUGUGAAUGCAUUAUGGGCUGGAAGGGAGACAACUGUCAGACAGAUGUUGAUGAAUGCAGCUUUAUCAAUAUCUUAUGUGGAAAUAACUCUCACUGUCAUAAUACUGAUGGAUCCUACAUGUGUGAAUGUAAUCUUGGAUACUUUGCGGAAGAUAAAGAAAAUGGCAAUUGUAAAGGUAAAUUUAAACUUAAAAUAGCUUAAUUUCUUUAGUCUAUUUGUUGAAACAUUGCUUAAAAAAUUUAUUUGUAGAAAAUAUUUAAAGCUGUGGCAUAAAAUAUUUUUGUUUUAGAUGUCCUAAAUGGAGUAUACUUAAAAUUGAUUCAGAUUAGCUGUAAGGUAAACACUUAUUUUAGCAAUUUUUUUUCAAUUGUAAAUGACAUCCAUUCAUUUUAAAGCUUGCUACAUGUGGAAUUAUGAAAAAGACUGUACACAGAACUGCACUUGUGUUACACCCAACACAAAAACUUGUGACCACAUCACUGGAACUUGUAAUUGUAAACAAGGCUGGGAGGGAGACGACUGUGAAAAAGAUCUUGAUGAGUGUUCAGGGAAAAGUUUUACCUGUAGAAACAACUCACAUUGUGUCAAUACAAAUGGAUCUUACUUUUGUGAAUGUGAUGUUGGUUUCUUUGAUGGAAAUAAAGAAUUUGGGAAUUGUGAUGGUAAUUAUAAUAUUAAAUUUAAUUUGAUAUAUCAUUUUGUGUAAAGUUAUUUUGUUUUAAUGAUUUAUAUUAUAACUUAAAAAAUCUCCAGUAAUGGUUUACAGAAGUAACAUUGUUUUUAGUCAUUGAAUACAUUUUUCUAAAAACAUCUUUUAAACAUAAUUUGGUUCAGAAUGUGUUGCUUUUUGUUAGAAAAAAAGUAAAAUUUUAUAAUUUUAUAUAUUUUUGUUUCAUAAAUUUUUGUCCAUUUUAUCAUAAACAAAGAGUGCAGCCAAUGGACAUAUGGCGACAUGUGUAAAAACAAUUGCACUUGUAUCAGAAACAACUCAAUAUCCUGCAAUAAAGUAAAUGGAACUUGUGAAUGCAAUGAGGGCUGGAAGAGAGACAACUGUCAGACAGAUGUUGAUGAAUGCAGCUUUACCAAUAUUUUAUGUGGAAACAACUCUCACUGUCAUAAUACUGAUGGUUCCUACAUGUGUGAAUGUAAUCUUGGAUAUUUUGUGGAAAAUGAAGAAAAUGGCAAUUGUUCAAGUAUGUUUUAACUUAAAAUAGCUUAAAGCUUGAAACUUUGCAUUCAAAAAUAUAUGUUUAAAUGAAGAAUUUGAAGCUAUAGUUUAAAAUAUAUUUUUUAGAUAUCCCAAAAGGAGUUUAUAUAUAAUUGAUACAUUUCGGCAGUGUAGUAAUUAAUUAGAUAAGAAAUUUAUUUUAAAUACUAAAUAACAUCCAAUCAUUUCAAAGCUUGCUACAUGUGGAAUUAUGGAAAAUACUGUACACAGAACUGCACUUGUGUUACAUCCAACACAAACACUUGUGAUAACAUCAAUGGAACUUGUGAUUGUAAACAAGGCUGGAAAGGAGACAACUGCGAAACAGAUAUAGAUGAAUGUUCAGGGCAAAUUGUCACCUGCAGAAACAAUUCCAAUUGUGUCAAUAUAAACGGAUCUUACUCCUGUGUAUGCAAUGUUGGUUAUUUUGAUGGAAAUGAUCAGCAAGGAGAUUGUAAAGGUAUUUAUUUUAUAACAUUGUAGAUAUUAUGAUUUUAAAAAAUAUAUAUGUUUUUUAAAAAUGUAGUUAGGCAAUGCCCAAUAUAUAUAUACUUAUUCUUUAAAAUGUACAACAAAAUUAUAAUUUGAGCAUAUUAUAGCAUUUAACCAAAAAUUAAAAUACAUAAUUUUACCUGCAAAUUUUCAUUUUUAAUUGAAAUAUACUUGAAUGCCAUUAAAACUAUUAAAUUCCUUAGAUCCAUUGAAAUUAAUUAAUGUAAUAUAAAGCAUUCACAAUUUGAGAAUCAAACUUAGUUUAAGAUUAAGUACAUGACAAAAAUUUUUUUUUUCAAACAAGCAAAUUAUAAGUGUAGGGGAAGUGAAGCAGAAUAAAGGCAUACUCCAUAUCGUUCUAGUGUUGUAAAAAAAAUUAUUUGUUUUAUUUUCUUGAAGAUUGCAGUGAAUGGAAGUUUGGAAAUAACUGUCAAGAGAAUUGUAAUUGUGUGACAGAAAACACUCAAACAUGUGACAAAGCUAAUGGGACUUGUCAAUGUAGAACUGGCUGGAAAGGUGACAACUGUGAAGAAGAUAUUAAUGAGUGUUCAUGGAAAAAUGUUACCUGUAGAAACAACUCAAAUUGUGUCAAUACAAAUGGUUCCUACUUGUGCAAAUGUGAUGUUGGCUUCUUUGAUGGAAAUAAAGACUAUGGGGAUUGUGAUGGUAAUUAAAAUAUUCACUUUAAUUUGAUGUAGGCCUAUCAAAUAAACCAAAUUUUAAAAAUAAUCAUUUAUAAAUCAAAACAUUUUAAAAAAGCUAACAAUGGAAUAUAGAAGUAACAUUGGUUUUGGUAAUCAAAUAUAUUUUAAAACCAUUUUUUUUAAAAAAAUACUAUGUAACAAAUAUAUUGUUUAUUGUGAAAAUAAAGAAGCAUGUAAUAAUAUAUAUAUCUUUGUAUAAUAUAUAUGUAUAUAUUUAUUUCAUCAUAUUCAAAGAGUGCAGCCAAUGGAAAUAUGGUGACCAAUGUAAUAACAGUUGCACCUGUAUCAGAAACAAUACAAUGUUCUGUAAUAAAGUAAAUGGAACUUGUGAUUGUAAACAUGGCUGGAAGGGAGACAACUGUGAAACUGAUAUAAAUGAAUGUUCUGAGAAAAUGUUUACCUGUAGAAACAACUCACACUGUGUCAAUACAAAUGGAUCUUACUCCUGUGUAUGCAAUGUUGGUUACUUUGAUGGAAAUGAUCAGCAAGGAGAUUGUAAAGGUAUUUAAUUUUAUAAUAUUGUAGCUAUUACAAUGUGUAAAAAAGUUGUUUUUCUAAAUAUAAAUAUAGAGUCUACACUUAUACUUCAAAAUGUACAAGAUAAAAAUCUUAAUACAUGCGUAUUAUAAUAUUUCUAAAUGUUGUCAUUUUGAGUUAAUACACAAUUAAAAUCCAUAAUUUUUCCUGCAAUAUUUUCAUUUUUAACUGAACUAUACUUGAGUGUCAUCAAAAGUAUUGAAGUUCCAUAGAUCCAUUGAAAUUAAUGAAUCUUAUAUUUAGCAUGCACAAAGGGAGAAUCAAACAUAGUUAAAGAUUAUAGAGAAAAAGUCAAAAUUUAAACAUUUUCAUUCUUAAUUUUUCAAUUUAUAUUAUUUUUUUUAAAAACAAGUAAAGUAUAAGUAAAACAUAAUAAAGACAUGCUUGCAGGAAUAAAUAAUUUUAAAAAUGUAGAUGGUCAAGUCUUUGUUAAAAUAAUGGUUAUUUUUUGUUAACAUUUCCCUUUGCAUUUAUCAUUUAAUGCCAUGUAUUUACCAAAACUUGUUUUCUUUUAAUAAGGAAUGUAUAUCUUCUCAAGAGUAUUUCAGGAGCUUUUUAAUUAAUGUACUCCAUAUUUUUUUAGUUUUUAAAACAAAGCAUGUUUGUUUUAUUUUCUUGAAGAUUGCAGUGAAUGGAAGUUUGGGAAUAACUGUCAAGAGAAUUGUAAUUGUGUGACAGAAAACACUCAAACAUGUGACAAAGUUAAUGGGACUUGUCAAUGUAAAACCGGCUGGGAAGGUGACAACUGUGAAAAAGAUCUUGAUGAGUGUUUAUGGAAAAAUGUUACCUGUAGAAACAACUCAAAUUGUGUCAAUACAAAUGGUUCCUACUUGUGCAAAUGUGAUGUUGGCUUCUUUGAUGGAAAUAAAGACUAUGGGAAUUGUGAUGGUAAUUAAAAUAUUCAAUUUAAAUUUAUGCAUCAUUUAAACAAAAUUUUAAAUCAAAACAUUUUUAAAAAAGCUAACAUUGGAAUUUGGAAUUAAUAUUGUUUUUGGUAAUCAAAUAGAUUUUAAAAGCAUUUUUUUAAAUACUAUGUAACAAAUAUAUUGUUCAUUGUGAGAAUAAAGAAGCAAUUAAUAAUAUAUAUAUCUUUGUAUAAUAUAUAUUUAUACAUUUAUUUCAUCAUAAUCAAAGAAUGCAGCCAAUGGAAAUAUGGUGAUGAAUGUAAUAACAGUUGCACCUGUAUCAGAAACAACACAAUGUUCUGUAAUAAAGUAAAUGGAACUUGUGAUUGUAAAUAUGGCUGGAAGGGAGACAACUGUGAAACUGAUAUAAAUGAAUGUUCUGAGCAAAUGUUUGCCUGUAGAAACAAUUCACACUGUGUCAAUACAAAUGGAUCUUACUCCUGUGUAUGCAAUGUUGGUUACUUUGAUGGAAAUGAUCAGCAAGGAGAUUGUAAAGGUAUAUCAUAAUCAUGCAUUCUUUAUUUAUUUUUAUUUUUUUUAAAGACAGUUAAUCAAUUUAGUAUAUUUUAAAAACUUUUGUUGUAUUCUAUAAUGUUAAAUAAAUGUUUCAAAUAUAAUUUUACAGCUACCACUUGUGAAAUAACAAUGACAACAAUUGAAUUAUUUAUAUUCCACAUUAAUUGAAAAUAAUUUUAUUAACCUUCAUAAAUUUUAAGAAAAUACAAUCAGUUUUUUUUUUCUGUUUGUACUAAUCUUAUUUUCUAUAUUGUUAAUUUCAUUUUUUAAAAAUACCUUUGUUCUUAAUUUAUUUUAAAGCUUGCAUCAUGUGGAAUUAUGGGAAAGACUGUUACCAGAACUGCACUUGUGUGCCAUCAAACACCAACUAUUGUGAUAACAUCAAUGGGACAUGUGAUUGUAAACAAGGAUGGACAGGAUUCAACUGUGACACAGAUGUAGAUGAAUGUAAAGAGAAAAUAUAUUCAUGUCGAAACAACUCCCACUGUGUUAAUACAAAUGGUUUUUACUUGUGUGACUGUUUGGCUGGUUACUUGGAUGAUGGUAUGCAGCAUGGAGAUUGCAAAGGUAGGCAAUAUAUGAUGGAUUUUCUCAAAUUGUUUUCAUUAUUAUUUCUUGUUAUAUAACUACUAUUUAACUAUCUAAAACAUGUUUCCCACUUAGUUUUCAAAAAAUUGAGCCUUUGACUAAAUGGCAAUAAAAACAUCAGCUGUUUUGAAUGCUACAUACAUUUUUGUGAUUAAAAAAUAAUUGUGCAUGUAAAAUACAAGUCUUGGAAGAUGGAAGGGAUAUAACUGUUCAAAAUAUAAAUUGAUGUGUCAGGGAAAACAUUUUCAUACCUUAACCAUUAUUGCUGUGUCAACCGCUCUUAGUCUGAUAUGCUUGAAUGUAUUAUUGGAUUUUCUGAAAGUAGUAACUAUUGGUGAUUGUAAAGUUUUACAAGUUUUCUCAAACAAAGAGAAAAUAUUUAAUUUUUUGCUAAUCUGAAAAUAAUCAAUAAACAUUUUUUGAAAAAUCUCAUAUAAGAUAAGUUGUUAAUAAAUUUCAACUACCAAGUUAAGUAAGGGAUAGCUUUUUACAAAUACAUUUACAUUUUUGCUAUGGAGUUUAUCCCUUUACAUUGUUGAAUAAAUAUACCUUUUAUAAUGUUUCUUUCCAAAGUUUGCAAUCAAUGGAAAUAUGGAAUUGACUGUAAACAGAAUUGCACUUGUAUCACUUCAAACACCAAGUAUUGUGACAACGUAAAUGGAACUUGUGAAUGUCUUGUGGGUUGGAGUGGAAAAAGUUGUGAAGCAGAUAUUGAUGAGUGUUCAGAAAAUGUAUUCAUGUGCAAGAAAAAUUCUUAUUGUUUUAAUACAAAUGGAUCAUACCAGUGCACAUGCAAUGUAGGUUACUCUAAGAAAGAAAAUGAAGAUGGGGACUGUGAAGGUAAAACAUGAAUUAAACAAAUUUGAUGCAAAGCUUUGCUUUUAGAAAAGCUUUUACAUAUAUUAUUAGUUAUCUGUUUUUGUGAGUAUUGCUCAGAUGACCAAUCCUACAAUAAAUAGGCCUAUAUUUAAAAGCAGUAAUGGCUUUUGGAAAUUAAGUUCAUAAUUAUAAACUUUAAAAAAAUUUUAAGUAAUAGUUUUUAAAAACAAAAUGUUUCUUUUAUUAGUACUGAUUACAUGUAAGUACAUAUUGAAUUUUCAUUGCUAAAGAAUUAAUCAACUAAAAAUGAAAAUAUUAUAUUUUUUCCUUUAUUCAAUUAAUUAACUUUGCUUCAAGAGCUUUGUGCAUUUUAAGCAUUAGCUGCUUUAUGAUUUUGUCUGACUUAUGUUUCACUUAAGCAUUUUUUUAACAAAGAUACAUUAAAAAAACAUUUAUUAUCAUUAUCAAUUCAACCUGACAAUGUUAAUUCACUUUGGGACUUAAACAGGGAUUGACUUAUUCAGACUGGUUAGUUAAUUAUGUGUAUUUGUUAUAUUCUUUUCAUACUGAUUUUUAAAACAAUUUUUUUUAAUUGGGCGACGACAUAUUAUUGCACUAAGAAAUCAUUUUAAAAUUGUAUUUUUUCUGAUGAUUUUUUAUUAUUAAUCUAUUUAUUUACACAUUUAAAUUUCUUAUAACAACUCCAUAUUAUAAUUAUUUACAUGAUUACAUAGUUUUAAUUUUGCUUUUGUUUAUGGUUAUUUACAAUGACAUCAGUUUUUUUCACAAUCAUAGGACAGUUUAUUGUGCUUUCCUGAACUUUUUUUUUUUUUUACAAAUAUUCAAAAGAGAGCAGCUUUUGCUGAAAACAUUAAAUAUUUGAAAUGUUGUUUCAUAUGAAUCUCAAAUGAAUAAUUACAUAAUGUAUUUGAACUCUUAAACCAACUUUAUUUCAAAUAAGUUUUCCCUUCAUUUGUUAUGUAACUACAAAUAUAAAUACCUUUUUGUGACAGUUAUAUCAGAGACAAAUGAUUAUUAAUAAUUAAAUGCAUUUUUUUAAUGCUUAUAAGUGAAUACAGUUUUAAUGAUUAUUUUCUUUAAAAGACAUAUACAAUGUAAAAUAAGAAAAUUUGCAACGCUUAUAAUUAUUUUAAAUAUAUGUUCCUGUUUUUUGUGGUAAUUUUUUACACAAAAUAAUAAAAAAGUCUUUUAUAUCUGUUUUUUUAUUUUUUUUUAAAUAAUGAUUGAAUAUUAUUCAUUAAAAAAUGUAAUGCAAUAAUAAAAAUGAUACAUUUCUUGGCCAAGGACAUAUGCUUAAAUUUCUUAAAAUGGAUCUAAAUGAUGAAGAUGGAAGGAUACAUUUUUAGAUGUUGAACUUUGCAAAAAGUUUAAUUUAUUAGAAUUUUUUCAAAUGAUAACAUAAAUAGGCCUAUACAUGUUUACUAUAGAAUACGAUAUUGAGUUAAUGAAUAUAUAUAUAUAUAUAUAUAUAUAUAUAUAUGUUAUUUAUUUUAUUUGCCUUUAUUUUUAGGGAUUACAGGCAAAACAAUUAUGAUUUAUAAGACUUUAAUAAGAUUUUCAUGUUUGGAUUUUUAAUUUAUAAUUACCUAUUGUUAUUGCAUUUAGUAGAUAUCUGGAGAAAGCAUCUAGCUUUUAGUUGUUCUUUUUUUUUUUUUAUUUAAGCCUUCUGAUAUUUCUACAACUAUUUACUAACUUCACACAGCUUAUGAUGUACAUAAGAAAUAUCUUAAUAUAUAAAUUGUGAAUGUCAAUUCUUUGUUAAUUAUUUUCUUUUUUACAAACACAGUAUGUCAUCUUUGGAAUUAUAGUGAGAACUGUAACAAAAGCUGCAGUUGUGUAUUCCCCAACACUGAAACAUGUGAUAAAGUUAAUGGAACUUGUGCCUGCAAAGAGGGGUGGAAGGGAGACAACUGUGAGACAGAUAUAGAUGAAUGUUUGAUAAAAACAUAUUCAUGUAGAAACAAUUCACACUGCGUCAAUUCCAAUGGUUCCUACGUUUGUGAAUGUGAUAUUGGUUUCUUUGAUGGAAUUGAUCAAAAUCAAACUUGUCAAGGUGAUUAAUAAAAUCAAAUUUGAACAAAUAAUUUAUAAAUAAUUUCAAUUAUAACAAAUAAAAUAGUAUUCUCCAUUAAGUAAAUAUAAAUAAUAUGAUCUAACUGGGUAUAUUAUGUUACUUUUAAACAUUUAUUUUUUCAUUUCAUAAUAAGCUAAUUAUGAUUAUCAGUAAUUUAUCAAUUGAUAUUUAUUUUUAUAUUUUCUCCAACAAAGGAUGCAGUGUCUGGAGCUAUGGCGAGAAGUGUAAACAAAACUGCAGCUGUAAAGUAUCCAAUACUGAGACAUGUGAAAAUGUUCAUGGGACCUGUGCAUGUAAACUUGGAUGGGAGGGAGAUGACUGUGAAACAGAUGUAGACGAAUGUUCAAGAAAUAUAUAUGUAUGCAAAGAAAGCUCUCAUUGUGUCAAUACAGAUGGCCACUACAUUUGUGAAUGUGAUAUUGGAUAUUUUCAUGGAAAUAAUGCAGAUGGAACUUGCCAAGGUAAUAGAUUUUAAAUUUGUCUCAAUAAGUUUUAUGUUGCACUAAAUUGUUAUAACUUUGAUUUAUUGCAUAUUAUGACAUAAGUUUAUUAGUUUAGUAAGUGAACAUAAUUAUUUUAAAAUCAUUAGAUUUUUUUUAACAGGGCUAAAAUUUAGUGAUUUUUGUUUUUAACAUAAUUUUUUUUGUUGAUACUUUAAAAAAAAAAAAAAUUAAUUGUGAAUGUAAAUUCUUUGUUAAUUAUUCAAUUAUUUUUUGUUACAACCACAGUAUGUCAUCUUUGGAGCUAUGGUGAGAGCUGUAUAAACAGCUGCAGCUGUGUAAUCCCCAACACUGAAACAUGUGAUAAAGUUAAUGGAACUUGUGCCUGCAAAGAGGGGUGGAAGGGAGACAACUGUGAGACAGAUAUAGAUGAAUGUUUGAUAAAAACAUAUUCAUGUAGAAACAAUUCACACUGCGUCAAUUCCAAUGGUUCCUACGUUUGUGAAUGUGAUAUUGGUUUCUUUGAUGGAAUUGAUCAAAAUCAAACUUGUCAAGGUGAUUAAUAAAAUCAAAUUUGAACAAAUAAUUUAUAAAUAAUUUCAAUGAUAACAAAUAAAAUAGUAUUCUCCAUUAAGUAAAUAUAAAUAAUAUGAUCUAACUGGGUAUAUUAUGUUACUUUUAAACAUUUAUUUUUUCAUUUCAUAAUAAGCUAAUUAUGAUAAUCAGUAAUUUAUCAAUUGAUAUUUAUUUUUAUAUUUUCUCCAACAAAGGAUGCAGUGUCUGGAGCUAUGGCGAGGAGUGUAAACAAAACUGCAGCUGUAAAGUAUCCAAUACUGAGACAUGUGAAAAUGUUCAUGGGACCUGUGCAUGUAAACUUGGAUGGGAGGGAGAUGACUGUGAAACAGAUGUAGAUGAAUGUUCAAGAAAUAUAUAUGUAUGCAGAGAAAGCUCUCAUUGUGUCAAUACAGAUGGCCACUACAUUUGUGAAUGUGAUAUUGGAUAUUUUCAUGGAAAUAAUGCAGAUGGAACUUGCCAAGGUAAUAGAUUUUAAAUUUGUCUCAAUAAGUUUUAUGUUGCACUAAAUUGUUAUAGCUUUGAAUUAUUGCAUAUUAUGACAUAAGUUUAUUAUUUUAGUAAGUGAACAUAAUUAUUUUGAAAUCAUUAGAUUUUUUUUUUAACUGGGCUAAAAUUUAGUGAUUUUGUUUCUAAGAUAAUUUUUUUUUGUAUUUUUUUAAAUUUUAUAAUUAAAUGUUUAACCAGGAAUUUGGAUAUUCAAAUUAGGAUUAAAUACUCUCUUUUUUUAAAAUGAACUUUGAUGAUCACAUACAAUUAGAUGAACUAUGAUCUGUAAUAUAUUAUGUUUGAUACAUUUUUAACAGUGUAUAGUUACAAUAAGUGCUGCCCUAAGCUGAAAGCUUUUUACUGCCCCCUAUUCCAUGAAAACAAAAACUCUGCAUUUGACUGCACAUACUACCCCUCAAUAUAUGGCACCCUUCUGUCUUCGCAAGACGUUGGAGUAGCUAUGUACACUUCAACGAGUGGCUCUGUAGGCUAAUCCUGAAAUGGCAAUCUCGACUGCAUUUUUCGCAGGAGAAUAUUGAUUCCUAGUUAGAUUUAGCCUUCCGUAUUGUUCUUUUUGUUGCAAACACUUCGUUUCGCUAGUUACCUCUCACUAUAAGUGAAAAAGCAUCAGCAGAGUUGGACGAGUGGCAGCUAUGUAGGCCAAUCCUGGAAUGGCAAUCUCGACUGCAUUUUUCCUAGGAGAAUAUUGAUUCCUGGUUAGAUUUGGCCUUCAGUAUUGUUCUUUUUGUUGCAAACACUUCGUUUCGCUAGCUAAGUGAAAAAGCAUCACCAGAGUUGGACAGCCCACUUUUAUACCCCUUUCCUAAGCCAAUGACUUGCACUUCCAGCAAAAUGAAAGCUUGAAAUGGAUUUUGGGGAAUUUUUUUUACCACAAGCCAAGAGUUUUAUAUGAAAUUCAAAAAUUCUGAACAUUAGUUGUAUAUAAUAAUUUAAUACAAAUCAUAAAUACCGGUAACUUAAAAAUUUCAACAAUAUUAAUUAAAUAAUUUUCUUUUUAAUUUUUUGAAGCGUGCAAACAGUGGACUUAUGGUGAUAAUUGUAUCAAAAAAUGCGGAUGUGAAUUAGAACAUACAGAGUUUUGUGAUCAUGUCAAUGGAACAUGUAGGUGCAAUGCUCCCUGGGAAGGAAAAAACUGUGAACUUGAUGUAGAUGAAUGUCAAAUACAAAAAAACAAAUGCUCUAUUGAAAGACAUGAACUUUGUAGCAAUACCAAAGGUGGAUACAAAUGCCUCUGUGAGCCGGGCUUCUCAAGAUCAUUUCCUGAUAGUGAAUGUGGUAAAUAACUUUGGUUAACAUGCAUCUUUUGGAUAUCUUUCACUGUUCAUUUGAGACCCCAAAAUAUUACAAACAUCUAACAAUUUAUGCAAAAGAAUAACUGUUAUAAAAAAAUUUACAUUUAUAAAGUUAUUUAAUAUUAAAAUGUAGGCCAAUUAACAUUAAAAAAACAUACAUGCAUAAUGUAGUAAAUUUGGAAGCCAAAAUUAUUUUAUGAACUUUAUAAAAUUUUAUUGACUGUGUUUUCUGCAUUAUUUUAAUUCAUAGAGAAGGGGUACAUUCAGAGUCUUCCAACAAGAUUAAUUUUUAUCUAUGAUGCAGCAAAUUUGAAUCUGAAAGACCAAAGUUCAAGAGAUUUCCAAGCUGUUUCAAAAGAUUUGGAAACUAAUGUACUUAUUAAUUUAAUAAAUAUUUUAAACUGAUUGAGAUAUUGACAACUUAUUGCUCAUAAUCACAUUUAACAUUUAAAAAACUUUUUUUUUAUAAGUCUAUAACAGUUUUAUUUUUAUCACUUUAAAGUUUCUUUUAGGAAAUAAUUUUGCAAUGUCUUUCUUGUAAAAAUCAUUUCAAAGGCCUACCAGUUAUGACUUUCUUAGGGUUGAAAAUAUGGUUCCAUUGAUUCUAAAAUAUUUUUGGCAAUAUGCAGCUCUAGUGCUAUUGAAAGAAUAAGUAAAGAUAUAAAAAAAACAAUAAUUCAAGCUAAAUGCUCAAUACCGUACUUAACUUAUUAAUAUAUACCGUAGGAAGUUAAAAAUGUUCAUCCAUUUAUAUUUUUCUUUUCCUUGCACAUUUAUUAAAUUUAGCUAAUGAGUAAGCUGAUAAAUCACAUGCCUACAGUCAUCACAGUCACUGUAAUUUCUUUAAGGUAAAGUGUACAUAUAUUAGUUAGUAAUUUUUCUAAUACAUUGUGAUUUAUUCUUUAAGAUUUAGUUUGUCCUUGUCGGUUUUAAAAAGAAAAAAUAGACACUUUCAGAAUUGCAGCUAUGGGAAAUGAAAUGUUUAUGUUUUGGCAGAGCUUAAUCCCUUUCAAAAGCUGUAUGUUUGGCUUCAGUGUGGGGAGGAGUGAAGAUUGUUAUUAGUUUUUUAACCUAAGACAUUGGAAACAGUGAAUUAUUUGUCAUUUGCAUAUUUGUGUUUUUGUCAAGAAUUGGAGCAUUGGUGGUAGUCCUGAUACAUCAUGGCUAGCUUAUAAAACUUAAUAUUAUAAAGCUUCACAUAUUGACAUGUCAUUUAAGAGAUGUGUUAUGAAUUUAUUCUUAAUUGUAUUUAAAAUUUGUACAACUAUUUUUAUAGAAUAAUUUCUAGACUUGAGUUUAUACAUGAAUAAAUACUCAAUUUUAUUCUAUUUUUAUUUCAUUUUAGCAAAGGAAGCCUCAUUUCUGAUUGUAUUGUGGUGCUAAGAUCUACAGUUCCAAGCACCAACCAAACCAUUAAUUUUUUAACUCAAGCUCUGUUUUCUAUCAUGCACAAUGAAAGUGACUUUAUCCUCAACAAUCAAGCAGCAAGGAUGUCCCAAGUUGUUGUUAAUGAUUAUAUAAAAUGUAAGUAUUAUGUUAUAAAAAUUGCCAAAAAAAAAAAAAAAAUCAUAGCCUAUAAAUCAUCAUAUAUAACUUAAAACAUGUUUGGGUUACGAGUACAAGGAUGUCCCAAGUUGUUAUUAAUAAUUAAAUAAAAUGAAAGUAUUAUAUUAAAAAAAAUACAAAAAAAAAAAAAAAAAUCAUAGCCUAUAAAUCAUCAUAUAUAACUUAAAACAUGUUUGGGUUACGAGUGGAAUCAUAUUAUUUAUUUAUUUUACAUAAUAAAAUUAUGUAUUCAGGUAAAGAUAAAGAUAAAAGAUUGAACCAGUUUAUAUUUUGUGUAUUUGAAAAAUUUGUUGCCCAUUUUUAGUUUUAACAAAUAAUUUUAAACUACAAGUGGUUAUGUGAUUAUUUAAUUGUCUUGUAGGAAUUGAAAUACCGGUACAUUAAUUUUUAAAUUAAUUAAUUAAAUGGUCUGAACAUAAGUUUAUAAAAUGAAAUAAAUCUGAUUACAUAACAUUUCUAUUUGAAUUUAUGUUUUGAAGUGUUAGGUACAAACAUGUUAUAUAUAAUGAAGAAUGUCUUUUAAUCAUGCAUUGAAAAUACAUUUGCCUAUGUUUGGAUCAAGCUUAACUGACAAGUACAUAUUACUUCCUUUAGCUUAUGGGAAUUGCCUACUCAGAUGAUAUUUAAUAUCACAUAUAUUUUAUAUGUGUCCUAUUUAUAAAUGCACAGCUUGCAUGUCUUCAUUUUGAGAAUAUGGUUAAGACUUAUGGAUAAACAUAAAUUUGAGGAAACACUUUUUUUAGAAUAAGAAAACUCUUAAACGUAAUAGAUAUUUAGCUUCUAAUGGUUUUAUUAACGUUUUGCUACUGAGUGACACAUUUAUUUUGUAAUUUUAGUUAAUCAGACAGACAGCCCUUGUGACCUAAGAAGCAAAUUGUUUCCAUGCUUGCCUACAGAAGAAUGUCACCAACAAGGCCAAGAGACUAUUUGCAUGUUAGUUGUUGUUUAA